AUGCAGCAGGCAGGGGGCCAUGCAGUAAAAUGGCAGUGCAGGCUGUUACCCACACAGCCAUGUUACAGGCUCUGCUUGAGCACUGAGAGGCCGCUGCAGUCCCAGCUGCUUUGUUCUUCUGAACAGUACGUCGCGUCUCCACCAGAGGGUGCUGGGAUAUGUAGUUCAGUCACCGCUCGUUCCCCGCAGUUUUACCUGUAGACGACACUUCUUUGGAACAGCAACUCCCAGCGUGCCGUGCGGCGCCGGAGCAUGCGCUGAUUGUUAUCGCAGUGGAGAGCGAGGAGAGAAGUGAAAAAAGAGAAAUAAACGAAGAAGCCCGUGUGCAUAGUGCGGCUACGGCAGGGCUCGGGGUGGCUGCAAGCUGGAGCACUGUAUAUACUUGUGACUCGGGUCGGGUGGCAGAGGAAGCCACAUUACUGGUGAACGGGUGUCGGCAUCCCAGGCUGCCCUGAGCUGUCCGCGGCAUCUCUACCGCAUUCCAUUUACUCGGUAAGAGUUAGAGGCGCCCGGGACCCGCAUAGGGAGCACGGUGCCAGAACUACUCAGGUUUAUUAUAAUUAACACGGACUAUAGGGGCAAUAAUGCCAUGGAGGCCCUGGGCCCUAUAUUCUGCUUUCAUUGGUCAGCUGGCUCCUCGGGGGCGGGGUUUAACAUAACCGUGACGUCACCACGAACACUCUAACGCGGAAACAACUUUGUCAGAAACCUUAACAGCUGAAACCUUUGAUCCUUUUUUUUUUUUUUUUAUAGUCUGUGAACCUCUCAUUUAAAAAAAAUAAUAUAUAUUUAAUUCAAUAUGUUAACAGUGCUUUAAAAUGUAUGCAAAAAUAAGUUUUAAAAUAAGACCAUGAAUACAGAAAGACCACUAAUUUUCUAAUAGGGAAGAUAGAAAGUUUAUUAGGACACUAAAGGCACCCAGACCACUACAUAUUACUGUGGUCUGGGUGCAAUGUCUCUGUCCCCCUUAGUCUUGCAGUGUAAAACAUUGCAAUAUUAGAGAGCCCCUAGAGAUGCUUCCAAGAGUUUCACAGAGUUUGACUAUGUGAAACAAUACUGGAUGUCCUUACACUCAGCCUGUGGUCAUCCAGCAUCCGAGAAAACCCCAGAGGAAAGCAAUAAGGCAAAGCUGUUCUGUGGGGAAGGCAAAGUGUUCGCCGGGCUAACCACGCAUGCACAUAAGAUCCCCCAACCCACCGGAUGUAGUAAGAGGUUGACACUUGACCCAGUUCAGAGGUACCUCGUCAUCGGAAUCAGGUAAGUGAUUAAAGAGAGGUGGGGGGGGGGGAGAGGAGAGGCUGUGUAACACUGGUAUACCUCUUUGUAUUCCUAACACUAAAGUUUUACAUUAAUCAAUCGUUCAGGAGAAGUAGGUUUGUGAUUAUGAGCCAAUAAGUAGAAAAAAAAAUCAGUCCACUCAUUCAUUCCUAGAUACUAGUCUUGCCCUUCUCAUAAGAUGAAUAAGUGCCAAUGUUUGGAAGAAUGUAUGGGUUGUAAAGGUAAAUUUGAUUGUGACCAUGUGCACCACCUUUAUAAAAUGUUAGGUGACUUUUCCACCAGUUGUGGCCAAGGGUUCAAAGUUCUAUUACUUCAUUGCCAGCAAUAUGAUUCUUGACAAAUCCAGGUGCCAUGGUGACUAGGAUUUUUAUCCUGGCCUUGGGCUUUGUCGGUCUGUUUAGCUCCCGAGAUGGCAGGCUGACUGUGAGUAGAGGUGGGUGGUCGAUCGACGUUGGAUGCAGGUCGCCGGCUGCCUUGGAAGAGCAUGGGUGGGUAAGCAGGCUGGCGGUUCACGGACAAUUGAUAUGGAUGGGGAGGGAACUAUCAUCUCCCUGCUCUGCUCCCUAGCGCGAUCUCCAGCGAUACCGGGAGCUGGAAUAUGACGUCACUACGGCCUCUGCAUCACUUUAGGGAGCAGAGUAUGGAGAUGACAGCAGCCACACUGGACCCCAGGGAAAGCCGAAUCAUUCCAGCUCUCCGAAAGCUAGGGAACCUGGGUGGUCACAUUAUAAUAAGAAAAAAAGAAAAUUGAGUGUGUGAGAAAGUGUGUGUGAUUGUUGCAAUGUCAUUGUGUGUCUGUCAAUAUGUGUGUCUGUCACGGAGUGUGUGUCUGUCAGUUUGUGUCUGUUUAGGUUACCGGCCUCACUCCAAUCACAUAUUUCUCUCACCUAUUUUCCCACGCCGUGCAGGUCCCGCCGCAGCUGUCCCCGCCAUCCACGGCUAGAUCAUCACUCUUGAUCUCAACCAAUCCAAUGCAUUCCCAUAGGAUUGCAUUGAGAGGCUAUUGCGCAUGUGUGGCAAAACACCAUGCUGCACUAAUCAGCAUCUCUUCACAGAGAUGCAUCUCUAAUGGGAACGUUCAGUGCCUCCAUGCGGUGUGUGGAGACGCUGAACGUAGGUGCUGCGCACAGUGCAGAACUGACCCAGGAUGCCCCUCCAGAGACAAUCUGAGUGACUGUCACUAAAAGUGUUACAAAGCAACAAUGUAAAUAAACACUGCCUUUUUUCUGAAAAGGUAGUGUUGACAUUGAAAAGUGUGUAGGGACAGACUCUAGAGCCCAGAACAACUACAUUAAAGGACCACUAUAGGCACCCAGACCACUUCAGCUUAAUGAAGUGGUCUGGGUGCCAGGUCCAGCUAGGGUUAACCCAUUUUUUUUAAUAAACAUAGCAGUUUCAGAGAAUGUUUAUAAAUAGGUUAAUCCAGCCUCCAGUGGCUGUCUCUUGACAGACGCUAGAGGCGCUUGCGUGCUUCUCACUGUGAUUUUCACAGUGAGAAGACGCAAGCGUCCAUAGGAAAGCAUUGUAAAUGCUUUCCAAUGAGACUGGCUGAAUGCGCGCACGGCUCUUGCCGCGCAUGCGCAUUCAGCCGAAGAGGAGGAAGAGAGCUCCCCGCCCGGCACUGGAGAAAGAGGUAAGUUUAACCCCUUCCUCUCCAUCCAGCCCAGCGGGAGGGGGCACUAUAGUGCCAGGAAAACGAGCAUGUUUUCCUGGCACUAUAGUGGUCCUUUAAGCUGUAGUGGUACUGGUGACUAGAGUGUCUCUUUUAAGAAUUGUAUUAUUGACAUUGAAAAACCUGGCUCCUAAUUUAUUUUGCUGGCUCCUAGAUUCCGUGCAAAUUAGUCAAGCCCAAUUCUAGACAACUUGUUGUUUUGGCUAAUCUGUUAUUUAUAUUAUACCAAUGAAUUUGCAAUGCAUAGCAGGAUUUUUAAUAUCUGGUACAAAGAUGAAUGUCCCUUUUCCAGUACUAGGUACUCCGAAUUCCUGUGUGGAAGUUAUUGAAUUUUUUUAGAACAUAUAGACCAAGAGAAGGAGCGCAUGUAAUGUUUUAUCGGUUUUCAAUGUGUGAAAAAACUAGUGUGAUCCCUACUAGUGAGAAAAGAGAGCAAAUAUGUUUGGGUUUGUUCUAAAGAGUUGAGAUGUAAAUGUGUUCUGAAUGAAAAUGUAGAUGUUCUGGCAGGCACAAUAUAGAUAAAUAUAUUCAAGUAAUGCUGUAGGGAAUCCUGGAUUAUGUCUAUAAUAGGAGAUGCAUGUAUAUACUUUCUGUUUUUUUUUUUUUUUUUUAACUAAAUUCUUAAUUUUGGGAAAUUAAGUAUAAAUUAUAAAACAUAAACUGAUAAAGCCAGGGUGUAACUUUAGGUGAAAUUGUGUUUUUUUUUUUUUUCUCCAAAUCAGCUAGCCUCGAAUUUGACAUUCAGAUUUAUUUUUGUAAAAUUCUAGUUUAGUUAAUAAUCCUAUUUGUCUAGUUCAAAAAGAGACCGUCAAUAUUUUAUAGCUGUUGGUAUAGUGGGAUUAUCUAAUGAAAGAGUAGGAGGAGAUUAUUAUUUUCUAACUCAAGCCAUUGCUUGUGCUAUGAAAAAUAACAUUCUGUAACAGUAGUUUAAAGGUCAGAAAGCAUGCCAGAAUCCUGCUCCUGCUUUGGUGUGAAUGAAUUAGAAUCUAAUUUUUUAUUCCACUACAAAAUGGCAAGUUCUAUAAUAUAUUAAUGGUAAAAAAAAAAAAAAAAGUAUACUUUGGAACAUGGCUAAUGGCUAUAAUCAAACCUUUGCACCCAGAGACUUCGGUUCCCAUAAUAUGAUUUGAGAUGAAGUUGUUUUGGGGUGGAAGUAUUACUUUUAAACAUUCAUGACAAGAUUUAUCAAAGAUGCUGAUUUUUAGCGUUGUUCAUACACUUCAAGCACUAUACAGAAAGCUGGAGUGGUUAUGGUUUGAGUGCCUUGCCCCUCCUCCCCCAAUUGUAAGUAAUCUUACCUGGGGUGGGAUCUGCUGGGUGCCUCUCUUCGCCUCCUUUAUCAUCUCUGAGAGAUGGACGUUCCUAAACAGCAUCAUCUGUUAGCUCUCUUUAGUUAUGUUAUAUUGCUACACUGUAUUUUAAAGCAUUAUAAUUCAAUAGCAGUUUUCUCAAAUAUAUGGUUUUACAGACAUUUUCUCACUAUUGGGAUGUGAGUAUAUACUGAAUAUGAAUUGUGUUUUAAAGCCUGCUUGAUAUAAGGACAUUUACUCAAUUUGGGUUUACACUUCUGAAGAUUUUUGAUAUUGAAACGGCUUCAGAAUGCAUUUUUAGAUUCUUUGUGUCUGUGCUUAAAACAGCUAUUCUUUGUUCAAAGAGUAGAUGGAAAUAGCUAUCCUCGUAGAAUACUAAAGUGUAUUAUGACUGGAGUCUAAUAUUUGUGACCGCUCAUAAAAGAGCUGUGUGACAGAACCGCAGUUCUGCCACUAUGCAGACACAUUCACUCCAAUUUUGCACUUAAAGGGAAACUCCAGUGCCAGGAAAACAAUCCGUUUUCCUGGCACUGCAGGUCCCCUCUCCCUCCCAUCCCAGGUAGCUGAAGGGGUGAAAACCCCUUUAGGUCACUUACCCGAGACCCCGCCAAUGUCCCUCGGCGGUGGUUUUGGGUCGGCGUCGCUCCUCCCAGUAAUUACGUCAGCCGGUGGGCGAGACUGAUCCGGCCCACCGGCUGAGGAAACCUAAUGCGCAUGUGCGGCAAUGCCGUGCACGUGCAUUAGGUCUCCCCAUAGGAAAGCAUUGAAAAAGAUUUUCAAUGCUUUCCUAUGGGGAAUUGAGCGACUCUGGAGGUCCUCACACAGCGUGAGGACGUCCAGCGACGCUCUAGCAAAGAAAAUCUUUGCUAUGAAUCAGGAAGUGCCCUCUAGUGUCUGUCUAGUAGACAGCCACUAGAGGUGGAGUUAACCCUGCAAUGUAAUUAUUGCAGUUUAUAAGAAAACUGCAAUAAUUACAGUUGCAGGGUUAAGAGUAGUGGGAGUUGGCACCCAGACCACUCCAAUGGGCAGAAGUGGUCUGGGUGCCUGGGGGGUCCCUUUAAGUGUUAAAGUCUCACUCCCUAGUUUUCCCCCUGUCCUUCACUAGGCACAGCCCUGAAGAACGCCCUCACUCCAACCCCCAGGUGACAGUCUUGCAAGGAAAGCUGCGAGUCUCCUAGCGGUCACUCUGGCUGGCUGCAUGGAACUCUCCAUUGGAUGUGAAAUCAGCCUUGGCCGGCUGAGACUUUAACUAGGUGUCAAUUCAACACUGUGAGUACGACGAGCGCUCUUUUGACUGAAGAAGGUAGAGUUGAAGAGCUAUCUAGGGAUAUAAGACAUGUGGGAGUUAAUUGUAUAAUUUUGCAUGUUUUGAGGUAUAUUGUAAUGGCAACCUGAUGUCUAGGGGAUAAUUAGCUUAGCGAUUAGAUAUACAGUAUAUACUCGAGUAUAAGUCUAGUUUUUCAGCACAUUUUUUGUGCUUAAAAACCCCCACUCGACUUAUACUCGAGUCACUGUCUGUAUUAUGGCAACUUAGAGAGCCGCGGCCGUCAGAGCCGUGGCAACGAUCCACGCGGCAACCAGACCGCGAUACUUACUGUGGAGCUGACCGGAACGGUGGAGAAGGGAGCUGACAGGAGCUGUAGGAAAGAUAAGUAAAUGCUUCCUGCCGGCCCCCCCACUUCACAGCCCAUGCCACUGGACCACCAGGGAUUAAGAUAGCCCCCGUCCAUGACCAGUUAACAAGCAGGGAGGGGGGGACAAAAAAAAAUUAAAAUAAUAAAAAAAAAUUAAAAUAAUAAAAAUGCCCUCCCCCCACCCAGUUCACACACACUACACAAACACACACUCUGCAUUAUAUACACACUCUGCAUUAUAUACACACUCUGCAUUAUAUACACACUAUGAGUGUGUGUGUAUAUAUAAUGCAGAGUGUGUGUGUGUGUGUAUAUAAUUAUAAAAAUCACAGAAUUUCAUAGCCCCAAGUUUUACCCUCGACUUAUCCACGAGGCAUAGCAUAUUUCACAAUUGUUGGUCACAAAACUGCACUCGACUUAUACAUGAGAUCGACUUAUACACGAGUAUAUACGGUAGUUAUCUCCCAGGCGUCAGGAUGGGAUUUAAAUUAUUCAAGUUAUGGAGCUCCUGUUGGUGUCAUGUGUAUAAAAGUAUGCCUCGUUCUCAAUAAACCAGUUUGUGGACCUCAUGUUGGUAUUGUGUGUAUAAAAGUGUGCAUUGCUCUCAAUAAACCAGUGUUUAUUCACCCAACUCUAAGUCUUGGCUAGUGUUUGGGUGAGACAGCUAUAAUUCUGGGUAUCCAGUGCUUAAAGGACCACUAUAGUGCCAGGAAAACAUACUCGUUUUCCUGGCACUAUAGUGCCCUGAGGGUGCCCCCACCCUCGGGGUGCCCCUCCCGCCGGGCUGGAUGGCGAGGAAAGGGUUGAAUCUUACCUUUUUUUCCAGCGCCGGGUGGGGAUCUCUCCUCCUCCUCUCCGCCUCCUCUCUGCCUGACUGCGCAUGCGAUGCAGGAGCUGCGCGCGCAUUCAGCCAGUCUCAUAGGAAAGCAUUCAUAAUGCUUUCCUAUGGACGCUGGCGUCUUCUCACUGUGAUUUUUCACAGUGAGAAGCACGCAAACGCCUCUAGCAGCUGUCAAUGAGACAGCCACUAGAGGAUUUGGAGGCUGGGUUAACCCAUUUAUAAACAUAGCAGUUUCUCUGAAACUGCUAUGUUUAUAAAAAAAAGGGGUUAAUCCUAGAGGGACCUGGCACCCAGACCACUUCAUUAAGCUGAAGUGGUCUGGGUGCCUAGAGUGGUCCUUUAAAGAGAGAGAGACCCUUGAGGGAGAAAUUCAAGCUGAGUGCUGAGCUCCAUCAUAUGCUGAUUUCCAUAGACAAUUUGGUAUAUAAACAAUAUUUUUAAACAUUCUUGCAUUUGUAGUAAUGUAUAAUUAAGUACUGAAGAGAUUAAAAGUAAAUCUGGCAUGAGACAAAGCUUAUACAUUGUAAGAAAUUUAUUUUGUUUGCUCUGUUGCCAAAGUGGAGGGAGAGUAACAUUGUAUGUCUGCACUCUGCAUCACUGUCCCUUAUGUCUAAUGGUUAAUAACUUUGCUCCGCAUGCUGCUUCGGGAAUCCUUAAUUUCUCACUUGGCGUCCUGAUUGAGCGUGUGUGCGCUGGGAGAGUAUGACAUCUUAUUACUAGAAAUAUAUUUGUUGAAUGCAUAUAUAGUAUUAUGGUAUAGACACUUUGAACGUGCCUACAAUAUUUUUGGUUAUCUACAUAAUAGCUUAUUAUGUGCUAUUGCGUUAACCUAAAUAUUAAAGGUGCAUUCUAAGCACCAAAUCUAGUAUAUAUUAAUGUGCGAUCCCUAAGAACAUUUUUUUUUUUUUUAAAUGUUUGUUUUAUAUUAAAAUCACUGUGGCUAUAAGUUUUGUCCCUUUUUUCCCCCCUCAACAUCAGGAACUACUAUUUUCUCUUCUGUGUGCACUCGUUUUAGGUCUUGUCUCCAUGUGUACAACCAUAUUCACAAAACUGACCGAGGUUGUCAUUACACAGAUAGCUUGAUAGAUUUCAUUUUUGGCUAACUGACCCAUUGAUUGUUCUACUGUUGUUGAAAGAGAAAUAUAUGUUUCUGUUGUUUUAAAGGACCACUAUAGGCACCCAGACCACUUCAGCUCAAUGAAGUGGUCUGGGUGCCAGGUCCAGCUAGGGUUAACCCUGCCUGCUGUAAACAUAGCAGUUUCAGAGAAACUAUGUUUACAUAUGGGUUAAUCCAGCCUCUAGCGGCUGUCCAUGAGACAGCCGCUUGAGGCUGGAUUAACCCAUAUGUAAAGGCUCUUCCGUGCUUCUCACUGGGAUUUUCGGUGAUUCACUGUGAUUGAGAAUGCUUUCCUAUGGACUGACUGCGCGCGCAUGCGCAUUCAGCCGAUGACGUCCAAAGGAGGAGGGAGCCCGGCGCUGGAGAAAGGUAAGUGUUUAAUCCCUUCCUCCAACUUCAGCCCGGCGGGAGGGGGGCCAUGAGGGUGGGGGCACCCUCAGGGCACUAUAGUGCCAGGAAAACAAGUUUGUUUUCCUGGCACUAUAGUGGUCCUUUAACUUUAAAUGUUACUGCACUUUAAAGUGGCUCUGUCAUCUCAAACUUUAAUUUCUCCUAUUGUUUCCUCUUCAUUUCCUCUUUCAGUCUGUUCUUAUUUUCUUAAUUUCUGAUCUAUUUCUCAUUAAAACAUAAGACAAAGUAGGGACUAUUUUGCUUUAUGUAUUUUCCUACACUUGGCAAUUGUGUCAAAAGGGUGGAGCUUAAAGGGACACUAUAGGCACCCACACCACUUCAGCGCAUUAAAGUGGCCUGGGUGCAUAUUACCAGGUCCCUUAACCCUGCAAAGCAAAUUAUUUAUUAUAAUUGCAAUAAUUAGCUCUGCAGGGUAAUUUUACCUCUAGUGUCUACCAGACGAUCACUAGAGGGACUUCCUUGUCGUUCGGCGACUUUUGGUCGCCGGAAGCUGGACGUCCUCACUCUAUGCAUGAGAACAUACAGCAUCACUGCUGUAAUCCCCAUAGGAAAGCAUUGUAUAAUUCUUUCCUAUGUGGGAAUGCUAAUGCGAGCGCAGCCAUUGCCGUGCAAGCACAUUAGUUCUCCUCCACCGGCUGAUGUUGGCGGGGAAGGAGCAAAGGCGAACCCUGAGCCAGCACUGAGACAUUGGCGCUGGACUAAGGUAAGCAACAGAAGGGGUUUUUAACCCCUUUUGCACCACGGGGAGGGAGGGGGACACUAUAGUUUCCCUUUAAGGCAAGGUCCACUUCCUUUGUCAAGCUAACAAAGGGUAAAGCUUGCUUUAAGCUCCACCCUUUGCCAAGAUUGUCAAGUGUAGGAAAAAUACUUAGGCCAAAGAAGUCCAUACUUUGUACUUUUGUUUUAAAGAGAAAUAGAUUAGAAAUAUGAAAAAUAAGAACAUAUUCUGAAAGAGGAAGAGAAGAGAAAACGAUAAUAGAAAGCCAAGUUUGAGGUGACAGAACCACUUUAAGUUUGAGAAUAAUAAUUUGUAAACACUGGAUAAAGUAACGUUGCAUUUUCUUGGAUUUUAUAUGUGAGAUGCUAUUUGGAAAGUUGAAUAUAUACUACUUUGCUCCAGUUUUUUUUUCUUCCUUAUUUAAUGUAUUUGUGCUUUUUUUUCUGCAGGAAAGAUGUCUCAAUUCACACUGCCUGUUCUACCAGUGCUCAAUGACUCAUCUGAGAGCAAAGAAGCUGUUAAAUGUUUUAUGUCUGCAUUAGAAUCAAUGGUAAUAAAAUAAUGCCGUCCAAACACUUUAUUCAUAAGACUUAAUUUUUUUAAAUGUACUUUUACAAAAUUUAACACUUAUUCACCUUGUGCCAGUAUAUGUAGAAACAUUCCCCUUGAUAUAUUGUCUUCCACAUCACCCUGUGUGCUGUGUCUGUGUGUGUAACUUCUCUCCAAUUGGCAAUGCCAUCACCAUAGCCAACAGUCUAUGGCAAUAAUAUACCUUAAAAUGCAUUGAUAUUCACUCAUGAUAUACAACUGGCAAGUCUAGGUAUCUUCUAGGACUGAUUUGGCAAACCACAAUGUUUGGUUUUGGAGAACUGAGAUACUCCGUGUGCUGAAUGCCCUAUAUAGAGAAAGGUAUGAUCUUAUAAAUACUGACGGGUGUUAAAUAAUUUGUUGGUAUGUUUGUGUGUUUUUCCCCUUUUUAUUCAGUGUAAAGAGUUUGCCAAGGUCAAAGCUGAAGUAGCUUGUAUUGCUGUGUACGACUCAGAAGCACUAGUUUUUGGCAGCAACAGAGGAAGAGCCUUUCUAGAUGCAAGAAAGGAUUUGCAGAAAGAUUUUAUACAGUAUUGUAAGUCACUUGCAUUUUUAAAUAAUUUAAUUUGGGGGAUCUCCUCAGGUGUUCCUUUGAUAUAUUGCUUGUAAGCACACUUAGACUUUUUAAAGGGGCACAGCGGAAUAGACAGGCACUUGGUUAACCAGGAAGAAAAUGACACAGUGGUAGUAUGCUUAUCAAUAUCUAUAAAUGUAUCUAAUCUUCACACCAUUCCCUGUUUACCUGUGGUAGAGAUGGCAUAUGGAUGCACUAUGGGAAUAAGGCAGGCCAGUGGAGUCAGUGUUAUGCUCUGGGCAAUGUUCUGCUGGGAAACCUUGGGUCCUGGUAUGAAUGUAGAUGUUACUUUGACAUGUACCAUCUACCUAGAGACUGUUGAAGACCACAUGUCCCUUCAUGACAGUCUUGAUCCCUUUUAGCAGGAUAUUGCACCCAAUGACACUGCAAAAAUUGUUAGGAACAUAAGGAGGUGUUGCCUUGGCUUCUUACUUCCCCAGAUCUCUAUCUAUUGAACACCAGUGGGAUUUGCUGGGACAGCAAAUCUGAUCCAUGAAGGCCACACCUUGCAAUUUGCAAGACUUUAAGGAUUUGCUUCUAAUGUCUUGGUGCCAGAUACCACAGGACAUGUUCAGAGGUCUUGCGGAGUCCAUGCCUCGAUAUAUCAGAGCUCUUUUGGCAGCAAAAGUGGGACGCCACAUGAUAUUAGGCAGGUGGUUUUAAUUUUGUGGAUGAUCAGUGUAUGUUUUUUUUUUAUCAGAACCCACAGCUGAAUGUGCUCACUAUUUCAAUAGGUAUCCAGUGAUUAGGAAAGGCAGACCAUACUUGACAGGCCCAUGAUUUGUACCCAUAAUAAGUUGUUUCCCAUGAUUGUAGAGCCUUUCUCAUUGCAGUGGAGGCUCGUUUGACACUUUGAAAAAUCUACAGAUCCUUUUGCAGAUUUUAUUACAUCAUCAAUCAAAUUUGCAGAAUGCCAUUUACAGAAUAUAGGUCCGGUUAGGGCCUUAUGAACCGCUGCUAAAUACUGACUAGUACUGUAGUAGUAAAUGACCAUAGAAAAUGUGCAGCAAUUUCAGUAUUAAAAUAUAUUUAUUUUUUACACCUGUGGUACAAUUUAAGAUAUGUUGUUUAUAUAACUUUUAAUUCUGGUCAGGUUUUAAACUCUUUUAUUUUAACUGGACAUUUUUUGCAGGUAACGUGGAGGAAAAGACUUUUACCGAAGCUAUUGUUAUUAAGACUUCAAGAGCAGCAGCAGCAGCAGAUUGUGAUAUUGAGUCUUUACGGAAGUCAGUUGAAGAUUUGUUCUGCAUUUGCUAUGGUACAUUUUAGUUUCUUUCAUAUUCUUUUGUUAUUCUUCAUAAUGUGUUUAACACCUGUUUCCAUGAAAAAUGUGCAAUGGUAUUUUCUGUGUUUUCUACAUUAAAUUGGAUGUAGUAUCUUCCAUUUUCAUAAUGUUGCCAAAUACAUGUUUCCUGCAAACAAAAAGCAGAAACGUCUUGCACCAUAGCUUUACCCUCUUGUCUACCACUUCCAGAAAGGAACUAAAGACUUAGCAGCAGGAAAUUCACAGUUUUGCAUUUCUCAUAAAAUUCAGUAUUUUAUAAUUGAAGCAAAUGAGUAGGUUAUGUGCAAGAAAAAUGCCUGAGUAGAGCAUGCCCAUGAUUAGUUUUUUCCUCUUUUUAUGUGAUUGAGAAAUCACAUCUGCUCAACAAUACUUCUGUUUAAAUCAGUAAGGGUGAUGUAGACUGUGGUGGUCCAAGCACUGUAAGAGAUUCUGUAUCAGUUAGGAUUUUUACUUUAUUCUUAAGCAGUUUGAAUUAGAGUGUAUUCCCCUAGUGUUCCUUCAAUAUAAUGGCACUAUAGAGGUACGAGGGGUACAUACUAUGCCCACCUGUAUAAUGUUAUAAUAUUGCUUAAAACCCUGUUGGCAACUAAAGCAAAAAUAUUGUACAUUUUAUUUUAUUUUUUGCAUCUUACCUUGACAGGGAAAGCUCUUGGAAAAGCAACACCAGUGCCUGUGCCCUAUGACAAGAUGUCAAAUGAUCCAACCGCGGUUACAGUCUGUGGGCUCCCAAAGGGAAUGGGAGUUGUAGAUCCAUCAAAAUAUAGCCUUCACUCUUUGAAGCAGAUUAUGGACAAUAAAUCUCAGCUGUGUUUUACUAUUAAAAGGUAAAUCAACACAUCUUAAUCCAUGUAAUGCAACAUAAACAACAUUUGCUUCGGCAUCUGUUCAUACGAAUAUUCUUGUAGCCCUCAUGUUUUUUUUUUUACUUUUGUUGAAUAACUGAUCUAUUUUCUACUUAAUGUAGACCAGGCCUGCACAACCUUCGGCCCCCCAGAUGUUUUGAACUACAACGCCCAUGAGUCUUUGAAUAAAAUAGCCAACGCCCAUAAUUCUUUGAAUGAAACAGCCAUGGAAUCAUGGGAGUUGUGAUUCAAAAUAUCUGGGGGCCACAGGAUGUGCAGGCCUGAUGUAGACUAUGACAGUGUCUCCUCUGAGAUAAAAGUAUGUAGUACAAAGAAUUCAAGGGACUCCAUAUGCACCAAAACAACUUGGGCUUAAUGAAGCAGUUUUGAUGUAUAGGUCAUAUCCUUGCAGUCUCACUGCUUAAUUCUCUGCUAUUUCGGAGUUAAAUCCCUUUGUUUAUGCAGCCUUAGCCACAUCUCCCUGCAUGGGACUUGUACAGCCUUCCUAAAGAUUUCCUGUAAAGAGUCAUUUAAUGUUUACACUUCCUUUAUUGCAAAUUCAAUUUAAUUCAGAAUGUGUUCUGUACUGCUCUGUUAAUAGCCUUCCAGACCCUGCACCCUUCCACACCAUGCCUCCUGUGUUCAUAAGUUAAAUUUACACAGCAGGAUAUAGAAACUUCUGAAGCAAGUUAAAGUCUGAUUGAAAAUGAAACAUUUUUUUUUUUUUUCAUGCAGGUUGUGCCAGUCACAGCCAAGCGAGAAGUGGCUAGGGCAGCAUGGGCCAAAACAAAAAGUGAUUUAACUCCUGAAUAGCAGAGAAUAGAACAGUGAGACUGCAGAGACAUGAUCUAUACACCAAAACGUUUAACCAAAAGCUAGUUGUAUUGAUGCCCAUAGUGUCCCUUUGAGGUAUUCAAACACAGGACCACUUAAGUUGCAUACUUAUUUGGUAUGCAUUAAAAUUUGUGUGUUGGUUGUGCUUUUUUAAUUUUAAAUACUUUAUUUAUUUGCAUUAAACACAAAGAUAUUCUGGAAUUAACUAAGGCCCCUGAUUCCCUGCACAUGUCUUGAGAAUGAAUGUGUGUGCAGAGAAUUAUGGGAAAAUAACAUGUGGAGUGUGAGGGGAGGAUUUUUGUUGUGGUGCCUUGACCUGGAAUUGUAGCAGAUUUUUUUUUAAUUAUUAUUAUUACUUUGUUUGUUCCUGCACUAGGCAACUCAACCACACUAAUACCUUUAUAUAAAAGAUGAAAGAAUGGAAAAUAAAAUAUCAGUGUGACAUGAGUGUAUAAUAUUCCAUUAUUGCUUCAGGCUCACAUUAAGCCUAAUCAGUAUGUAUAUAGGCUGUUCUACUUUCUAAACAACCUGCUACAGUACAUUGAUGUGAAUAAUGUCAGUUGCUAAAUAUGUAAUAAGUGUUCUGUUCCUAAUUUUGCUGAAUUAAGCAGAGCACCCAGGAAGGAAUUAACACAGUGAAGGCAGCUUUUUUUUUUUAAUUAUGCUUUCCCAUCACCGUUAUUGUAUUAACUUACCAAAUUUGAGGAAUUCAAUGUGUUAGACUUUUAUAUUGAGCCAUUAGUGUUACUUUUGCAGAACAAAGAAAUAUGAACUGUCAUGUGUAAUUAAAUGCUCAAAAAGAUAAUUAUUUAUAUAUAAAAUCAUUAUUAUGAUUUUUUUUUAAAUUUUAAGUAAUGACUGGCCACAAUGUAUAUUGUGUGGAUAACAAUUCAAAAACCCCACAAAUAUGGAGCAUCUGGACAUGUUAUACAGCCCUAAAAUAUUCUCAAAUGUAUCUUUUAUGAAAACCCCAAAGCCCCAUGUGCUCUAAAGUGUUCUGUGUUGUUAAAUUAAAUAAAUAACCAGAUACUUGUCUAUCUGUCAUUUACAAAACAUUUCUCUGCACAUGUGUAUACAGUUAUAAUGUAUGCAGUUAGGCCAGCGCAUACUAAUAUUAAGUCUGUGCUAGAAAUGUCACUUAGAAGCAUUUAUGAUUUGGGAGCAGGAUACUUUUGUUACAGGCUAAUAGAAAUCUCUUUUGAAAAAGAUCGCUGAUAAUUAAAUUCUGUGUAUAUAUAUAUAUAUUUUUUUUAGGCCUUUUAUUGACAGAAGGAGAUCCAAACGAAAAGGUAAGCACUGAACUGUAAAGCAGUUUGAUUAUUUUGGAAAGUAAACAUAACAUUUACAUUAUUUAGUGAUUUGGAUAACUAAUAGAGCUUUGGGCUUGGCCUUCCCAAUUCACCCAUAGAACAUUGUUACUGUUUAAAUUAAGACUGAUUUUGAGUAGCAGAGGAUUACACUUUGGGUGCAAAGAAAAGAGACAGUUUUCUCAUUGAAGUGGUCUAGGUGCAGUUCUCCUGUUCCAUUAACCCUGCAAUGUAAAAUAUUGUUUCAUAGAAACAGCAAUGUUUACAUUUAAAGGUAAAGACCAUCUCUAUUGGUUUCAGACAGCCAAUGGAGGUGCUUCCUGGUCUCUAGCAGAAUUUAACUUAGUGUUACAAUGUUGGACGUCUAACAUCUUCAAAUACCCUACAGGAAAUCACUGAUUAAGUGAUUUCUUAUAGGGAAGCUCCAAUGAGUGUGUGCAGUGCUUACCCUUCAUGUGUGUUGGGUUCCUCCAUCGGCAUGACGUUAUGAGAGGAGACCUAGCUAGCUCCAAGGGAGCCUCAGCGCUGGAAAGAGGUAAGUUAACAAAGGGUUUUUAAGCCUUUAUUCACUGCAGGAGGGGGGCAGACCUAAAUAAAUAGGGAAACUAUAAUGUUUGGAAUACAGUUUUAUAUUCCUAAUGCCAUCGUGAACCUUUACCAAAAAACUUUAGAUGCAGCAACCAAAGACUCCUUCUACAAUCAAUAUGCUUAUGGUGUUUGGAUUGUCCUUAUUAUAGCAACUAGGUGCAGAAUAGCAAACCAUAGCCUCUGGUACAUGAAAAUAUCCUUAAUAGAAAAUAAUGCUAUUUGUGCUGAUGUAUUGGAGAAAAAAAACACAUUGUGUUGGUUACCAAUUACUUCUGUGUCCUUUUUAAAUGUGUUUGCAUUGUAACCUAUUGCAGAAAAUGAAAUUGCUAGAGAAGCUGAGGCAUCUUUCUCUGAAAGGUAAAAGUGCAUGCUCUUUAAACGUUUCGUGCUUCAUUCAAAGGAGAUUGUAUUUUUGCCCAUUGUAUAUAUUGUGUUGAGUUUAGCAGGCUUAAUACAGACUAAAAGCAAUCUCCCACUAAUAUAUAAUAUAUUUGUGUUUCCUAGACAGACCUAAUUUAAUAUAGAUAAUAUAUUUAUAAGAUUACCUUUCGGCUUGCAUUUUUCUGUUUAACUUGUAUUAAAAUUUCAGAGGCAGUUUUUGCAAUCUUCAUCUUUUUUAAGUUUUUCAUUCUUGUUAAGUAGAUUUUCUUUAUUAUUGUUGUUGUUUGUACUGCAAUUUUAAGCAUCCUGAGAGGCAUAGUCACUAAAACUUUUCAAUGUAGUAACUGGGUAAGGAGUGUAGGCUUUGGGGCCUCUAGUAUGAGUGAAAAAAGGGUAAACCUAUUUUUUUUGGAGUUUGCUUAAAAGUUUUUUUUUUUUCUUUCUUUUAACUACAUGUGUAAGUUCUAGUAUCUGUGUCAAUGAGUAUGCAAAAUAUGUGCACUGUUCAAGAAUGAAAUAUUUAAAGUGCUAAACCACUGGACUUGUAGCAUAUCGCGUUGGACCACAUGUUACAACUAUUUAUAGGAGUCGCAGAUUUACUUUUAGGCAUGUUCGUUUCUACAAUGAUUGGCUAAAUGCAAGACUGGCUACGUGCAAGGCUAAACUCUGCUUAAUAAUGUAUGUUAAAUUAUGUAAACAAGAAAUUGUGCAAAUGCUGAGUAAAGAGUACCCUUAUUCAUAGUAUAUAUUGACUCUUCUUUGUAGGCCACAAGUGUAUGCUCUGCAAUAAAACACUUCUGAAAUAAAAAGAAGACCUCUAUGUUUUCCCUGGACAGUGUGUAUAGGAAAGACAAUUACUGACAUACCUGUGUUUAAUUAACAAACAUAUAUCAUCUAAAGUACUCAAUUUGAGUUUAGGGGCACCUUGCAGCAUAUCCCAACCAGCUAUGACAAUUAAGAGAGUUAAUUAUGAGCCACAAAGUUCACAGAAUUUUAUCAUAUCACCAUGUCUUUCUAAUCUGUAUAAAUAUUCACGUUCCAUGCAUCUAUUAGUUUGUAAAGUAUAUUAUUUUUUUCUUUCUAUUUUAAAGUUAUUCUCCUGUUCAGGUGAAGUCCGAACCAAGGCACGACCCUGGUAAGUAGCUGUAACUUGUUUUAUGUAAAUGCAAAGCAUAAUUUGUGAUCCCUGUUUAGUGUGGCAAAAGUAGCUUUGACAUCAGCCAUGCACCAUCAUAAAGUGGUUUAAGUAUUGUCUUUAUUUUAUGUCGAUCAAUAUUUUCAGCAUGUUUUAUAGUUGUUUUAGAUAGUUUAUUUUUUUUUUGAAGACUAUGGUGAGAUCUUUGGUCAGAUAACAGCCGGGUCUGAUCCAAGAUCACUCAAAAUGGCUGCGCAAGCAGGGGAAUUUGGGAAGAUAAAGUAUAUACUGUUCAAAAUCAAACUUUUUAAUUUUUUUUUUUUUGCAGAUAUUGAAAGAGGAAAUAGAUAUAUAUUUUUUUUAGGUGGGGGAGAGGAGAAAACUUUCAUUUAAUAGUAAAUAGAUAUUUUGACACUUUACAUAUUGACUGCACUGGAUUUUCAAAGAUAAUUGUUGUUAUAUUUGUAGGGAACUCUCCUGAGUUGACCACAGUGACAAUAAAAGAAGAAUCUGAAGACCAAGAAUACUAUCAGUUUAAUUUUCAAGGUAUUAUUUUUUUAUUUAUUUUUUGCUUACAUGAAUCCAUGCAUGAUCUUUUUAUUUCCAGAUAUUCAUGUAACCACAUCAUGAUGUCUCAUUACUGUACAGUAUUAGUAUUCUGCUUUCUUAAAAUAUAGUCCCUUUUUCCUUCAGUUCUAGAUUUUGUGUCUAUAUAUAUAUAUAUAUAUAUAUAUAUAUAUAUAUAAAUGGUUUAAUUACAAAUAACCAUUUAAAAUAAAGACAUCAACAAAUCACAGAUCUUUGGAAAUAUUUCUGUCAAUUUCUAUGGAAAUAAAAGGAAGCAUAGGCCGAGCCUAUGCUGCUCUCAAUGCAGUACAAUGAGCCUCUCCAAACCUAGAACUCUCAGCUUCAUUGCUUUAUACAUUUGAACAGUAUUAGUAUUCUACUUUCUCAACAAUAUAGUCCUUCAUUCCUUCAGUUCUAGAUUUUGUAUUUUUAUAUAUCUUCUAUACUAUACAUACAUUAACAUUUUAAUGACAAAGAAACAUUUAAAGUAGCCAUCAACAUAUCACCGAGCCACACUGCUCUCACUGCAGUACAAUAAGCCUCUCCAAACCUGGAACUCUCGGCUUCAUAGGUAAUUUAUUUAAAUGCGCCAAGACAUACAAUGACUGUUACUUGGUAGCAAAGCAUUUUUGUUAUAUAUCAAGAGAGGGCUCAAAUGAGCUUUGUUGUAUUCAUGUCUAUCUACAGUGGUACUCUUAAUGCAAUGGCUGUUUCGGAAAGUCAUCUAUGUUCCCUUCAUCCUGACUACUGCAUUUCAUAACAUAAAAACAAGUUCAAAGUGAACAUUUGAUGAUAUUUAGUUUCAAGUAUAUACAGGUGUUCUAUGCAGCUAACGUUGGUGCAAUAAGAAUCUUACCCCUAGAAAUUCUACCCGUUUAGCGUUAUACUGAUUAUAAAUAAGUAUGACAUAGGGUGAUGUUAAAGUUCUACUUUCACUCCUUUUAAUAAUACUUUUCUGCAUUGCAUCAUACUUUUUUGUCUCUAAAAACUGUAAAUAAAAUAUAGAAAGCAAACUUAGGCCUUAAUUUAAUAUUGUUGGAUAAGCUUUCCAAAAUGAUAUCAUAUUUUUGGAUAAACCUUUGAAAAUGAUAUAUUUUUUUUUUCUUUCUACAUGUUAACAUAAUAAAAAUUAUAUAAAAUAAAUAUAUAUAUAUAUAUAUAUAUAUAUAUAAAAAAAAAUCGUAUUCAAGAACAUUUAAUUGAGGCUUUAGUUUGUUUAUAUACAGUUGUUUUACAUUGCAAAAAACAUUCUCUUCAUUUACAGUGUAUAUCAUUCAGCAUGAUAUUACUCAUCAGUGAUCGUAGUGGCUGGGAGAUUUACAUAAUGCUGUAUGCUGGGACUUGAAUGUGUCCAUCAUUUUGACAUACAUCUUGCUUUCUUCAUUCAGCAGUGGCUCAUUUAGUGCAAUGUAACAACUUCUGCUGUGUUAUCAUAGUGAGGGUAACAGAAGGACUUUGGACGUAAAAAUCGUUUAAUACAUUUAGUAUUGAUUCCCUCUUUUGGCGUGCCUAAUAAUAACUAUGGCUUUGUUGUGUAGAGGUGUUUAACCUACAUCAAAGGAUAUGCAUUGAUAAAGGAGAUAACCCAAAAGGUUUGCACCUUAUGUCCUUGAAAAGAAAUCUUUUUGUAGCACUUGGUGUGCACAUUUGCACUUGUUUGCGCUGCCCUAAUUUUUCUCUAUUUUUACUUUACCCUGCUUGGAGCGAGGUGUCAGCAGCACAAUAGGAAAAGUUAGUAUUUUGAUUUUCUCUGGGUACUGCAGUAACCCUUAACUCAGCUGUAUACUGGUCAAAGCCUACAUCUUGUGAAAAAUAAGACACGAAAAACUACCAGUCAUACAAUAAACCAACUCCUCCUUUGCUAGAGUGAGACCAAACACAUUUGACAUUAUGCAGAAGUUUGGCCAAUAUCCUGUCACAGUGAAGGUAUAUUCUUCAUUGACAUUGAUAUCUGCUUUCAUUAAAUUUGGGAGACAUUAGUACACAUUGUAUGUAGUCAGCUGUGUGGCUGACACCACUACACUUGCACAGAGUUGGUCUUUGGUAAAGCACUGCAGGUCAAUGAAUGGAGGACUGCAUUGCUCACAGUCUGACUACACUCUAAUUUCUUUCUUCCUGGUACAAACAUUUUCAGUGGUCUUCCUCACUGUAACAUUUUAGAACAAAAAAAUUACAGGGAUACUAAAAAGAAAAAGAAAAAAAAGAGCAAAACAAAAAGAAAACUAUAAACAAUAGAAUUAUAAUAAAACAAUCACUGUAGAGAUUAAUUCGUAUACCAAAAGGAGCCAAAUAAGAGUCUUUAAUGAGCAGUAUGCAACAUUCAUCCCAUAUGCACUAUUUCCUGUACAUGUUCAAUUGAUGCUACAAUUGGGUCACAGGUUGAAUCAAUGUCUAUUGAUAAAACAAUAUAUUGGUGACAACAUAAUAUGAAGAAUCCCAGUGACAAUCUAGUUUAAUGACUCUGUGUCUGUAGCAGGCUGGCUGACGAUCUCCUUCAUCAGGACCUCCUGCUAUUAUUGAUACAUUUAUACAUUUAGAAUUUUGCAAGUGAUACUCAUCUGCAUCUAAAAUAUAUGACAGGAUAAUGUGUUGGAUAUUGUUGAGGUCUGGUGCAAGUUGCUGGAAUCUGUCAUUUAAAUGACAAUCAAGUAUAUAAGUAUUGUAACAUUACUAAAUACACUAUCUUAUUCACAACCAUUAUAAAUCAUAACCGUUCUAAAGUGAUACACAAAUAAAGAAAGGUCCAGCACAAAGAAGCUACAUGUCUACAAGGUGUAUUGUUUCUUUUUACAUUUCUUUAAGCAUGCACGCUGUGCAUAGUUUUCUAAGACUUUUGAAUUUUGGUCAUAUUUUCCAUGUGUUGAACAUAAUCAUUAUUCUUGCCAUAUUUAAUUUUUUUUUAAUUUAUAUUUGGUAGAUAUUUAUAUAUAUACAGUAAAAUAUUCUAUAUCUUUUAUAUUGUAAAUUUUAGGGGCAAAUAUUAUGUUCUUCAAAAUCAAGUAUCGACUUUUAAAUAAAAAUUUAUACGUAUGUAUUUAUUAAAUUAGUAAAUGAGAUCCUUCACCAACAAAACUAAAUCAAGAUGGUGAUAUUCUUUUUUUUUGUUCAAAUAUACAACAGAGUCUAGAAACUAAAACUAAUUCCCUUUUAAUCAUAACUAGAAAGAAGCUGUUUAUGACUGCCAUGUUUUGGUACCACAACUUUAAAGAAACACAAUAGGGUCAGGAACACAAACAUGUAUUCCUGACCCUGUAGUGUUAAAAUCACCAUCUAGCCCCCACUGGUCCCUCAUGACUCCCUAAAUAUAGUAAAAUCUUCAGCUGCUGACUCUGCCCCUCAUCUGUCUGCUUGUCUGACAUCAUCAGAAGUGAUUCUGUGAGCCAAACACAAUGCUUUCCCAUAGGAUUGGCUGAGACGGUCAAGGUGGCAGAUCAGGGUCAGAGUCAAACAGAGCCCUGGCCAAUCAACAGCUCCUCAUUGAGAUGCAUUGAAUCAAUGCAUCUCUAUGAGGAAAGAGCAGUGUCUCCUUGCAGGAGGUACUGCACAGUGUGCAACUCUGCCCAAGAUUGCACCUGUAGUAGCUAUCUGAGGAGUGGCCAGUGGAGUUAUCACUAGGCUGUAAUGUAAACACUGCAUUUUCUCAGAAAAGACUGUGUUUACCGCAAAAAGUCUGAAGGGAAUGAUUCUUCUCACCAGAACAAAUACAAUAAGCUGGUGACUAUAGUGUCUCUCUAAGACUAUUGCCUUCCUAUGAUUUGUUCUGCUUUACAUUGUGUAAAAUGUUUUGGAAUAAUUAAAUGUAUACUAUAGGCAUCAAUAUACCUUUAGCUUAAUAAAGCAAUUUUAAUGUAUAGUUCAUGCAACUUCAGUCUUACAGUUUAAUUCUCUACCAUUUAGGUGUUAAGAUACUUUUGUAUUUAUUUAUGUAACCCUUGUAACAUCUCCCCUAGCUGUGACUGACAUACACUGCAUGAACAAAAAAAAUGUAAUUUUCAAUCAGAUGUUCAAGCUGGCUUUAGAAGUUUUUAUCUUCUGCUCUGUAAAUUGAACUGUAAUCACACACAGGUGGCUCCUGUAGGGUCUAUAAGGCUAUUUAACAGAGCAAGAGAUAAGACAUUAUAGAUAAAACAAACUGUGCAAUAAAGGAACCUAAAAUAUCUAGGUUCCUUUUCAGGAAGUGUUUAGAAUGGCUGUUCCAAGUCACAUGCAGGGAGUUGUUAGUAGAGUCGCAUUAACAAAAUUAUUUAACUCCUAAAAGGGAGAUAAUUGAGUAGUGAGAGUGCCCGGGCUUGAUUUGUGGACCAACUCUCCCCCCCACUCUCCAAACAAAAAAAAAAACUGCUUCAUUAAGCUAAAGUUGUUUUGGUGCCUAUAGUGUUCCUGUAAAUGAUCAUAGCAAAUGGAUAUGCUGUGCUUAUACCAGGAGUCCAUUCUGAACAACUGUAGAAGGCACAAGACUUCCAGGCUAAAAAGAGGUUUGAGGUUAAAGACAAUUUGACUUUUGCUUCAAUUUUCUAAUAUUUUUUUGCUAAUCAGUAGUCCUUUUAGUCCAUAUUCUGCCAUUUUAUUAUUAUAAUUGAACCAUAUUUUGCAGUGCUUUACAAGAAAGGGGGAUUAAUAUUAGAGAGAGGGUCCUGCUCAAACAAGUUUACAAUCUAUCAGGAUUUGAGGACAUAUAUCAUUAGGUGUCUUGCCAAGGACAAAACUAGAUAACCUUUAAAGUUUUAUUUAAAAACAAAUAAAUAUACAUUACAGAAAUAAAUUAACAGUUAAUGUGACAAUUUGUAAUUUAGAGGGAACAAAAGAAAAGUAUUUCUUAUUGGAAGACUUAAAAAAAAAAAAAAAGAUAGAACUAUGUGGACUGUGACUGUGGCUCAGAACGUUAUAAUUAACAUAUAUUCUGUCUAUUGAAAGAUAACUUGCUUUUUGUGUCACACUAAAUUUUGGAGCAUAAUUAAAUACACAUUGAAAAUAAAGGUUCUAGUUGUCUUUGGCUCUCAAAUACAAAAAAAAACAGCGAACAGGGAUAAAAGUGAAAGUUCAUCAAUUGUCAAACAUUGUUUGCAAAACAUUGCCUGUGAAAAUAAUGUUGUAGAGGGAUGUGUGUAUAUAUAGUAAAUAUUACACAUUAACUCUCUACUAGAAGACUUCCUACAGAACACAGACGACUUGGAUGCCGCAGAACAUUUUAUGGAUGUGUCUUCUGGAGAAGAAACAGAAGAGAGUGCAAUGGACCCCGACAUCAACACUACAGCUAAAGAUAGGUUUGAUUUUAUGUUUGCUGAAGAUAUUCAGUCAUUUUUACAAAGACCAGAAAACAAAAACACCCACAGAAAAACAAUGUGUGAUAUUCAUAACCUGCAGGCUUACUUUUCUGCAAACUUUAAUGAAGGGAGGCCUAUUUGUGAUGUACCGCCCACAGAACUUUGCAAUUUGCUAUCUCAUUACUUUGUAAAUGUUAAGAAGAAAGAUAAUAGUGAAUACGAGCCACUAACACUUCGGUCAAUAUUCCAAAGCACUGAGCGUUUCUUGAAGCAAAUGAACUACCCCACAAGCAUAUCCUCAGAUGUGAUCUUUAAGCCAACAAGAGAUGCUCUGAAAUUGAAACAAAGAGAGCUGAAACGAAAGGGGAAAGGAUGUAAACGGAAUGCUUCUGAUCAGUUAACUGAUGAACUUAUUAAUCAGCUCUAUCUUACUAAGCAGCUGGGACCACACAAUGCUCAUUCCCUCCAGAACACGAUGUGGCUAAAUAACUGUAUUUAUUUUGGAAUAAGAGGCAAUAAUGACAUGAGACAAUUAAGAUGGGGCGACAUACUGCUGAGGAAGGAUGCAAAUGGCAAUGAAUAUCUUCAGUACGACAGGGAGUGUCAACUAAAGAAUCAUGUCGGAUACACCCUUUCUGAAUUUACUCCAAUGCCAAAAGCAUUUGCUACUCCUAGUAAUCCAGAAAUGUGUCCAGUGAUGAACUAUAAGAUCUUUCUUCACCACAGGCCUUCAAAAAUGCUUGAGCCAACUGCCCCUUUUUACCUGGCAAUAAACUGGAAACCCAGCUUGCAACAACUGGAUCCACAGUGGUACAAAAACCAGCCGCUAGGAAUUCAUUCAAUCGAGACAAUAUUAAAAACUAUGGUUCAAAGAGCUGGCAUCCACACAGAGCGCCGAAUCACUAACCACAGCGCCACAAAGCUCUUGCUUCAGAAGCUGCAAGAGCCAGAUAUAUCUACAAUAAAUAUACACAGAGGGCUUGCUGACUAUUGUAAGAGCAGCACACAGCACCACACUGAGGACUCUUCUAGACUGAAAGCACAGCACAAUAUUUCCAGCAGUCCUGGAUCGACUGCACAGGGCAAUAUACCAGGAACCUUGUUUAAUAAUACUCAGAAUUGUGGGCCUAGAAUUUCCCUGUUUACCGGAAAUAGAGCUCUGAGAAGCCAGGUUAUGCCCUUCAGCCCACUUCACAUGCUUCUUGACAGUGGUGAUGUAGCUCCAAACCAUGUCCUUGCCAACCUUGGUGAGCUAUGCACUACAAGUGAGUAGAAUUAGGAGAUUACAGAAUGCUUACUGGAGACAAGACACAACCAAAAAAAAUCACUCCUUUUUCCCCCUACCAGGUGCAUCACUUGUAGUGAAAAGAAAAGGAAGUGUGUUGCUUCAGAAAACAACUGACUAAAGCCCUUAUGUUAAAUCCCCAGAAGCCAAGUCUUUUGGAUUUCUUUCUGUUGUUUGGGAUUAUGAUACCUGAUGACACCAAUAAAGUCAAAAACUAUCUUUUAGUUACCCGUUAUUGUGUUUACUGUACAUUGAAUACAGCAACCAUUUCGAUGACGAGGGAAGAAUUUUCUGAUUCAAUGUAAAAAAAAUUCCAUCCAUAAAGGACUACAGUAUUUUCCAUAUACAAGUAGUAUAUAAAUGGAAGUUGGGAAUGGACCAUAAUAUACAAUUUUAAUGCCUGUUAUCAAUAUCAUGCUGUGCAUUUAUUUAUAGAACCCAACUAAACAUAUUUAUUAUGAUGAUGCUAUCUCAGAUAUCAUAGUUGCAAUUUUACCAGAUUAUGAAUGUAUUUAUUAACCGCCAAUAUUGUUCUUGUCUAUUUGGAUAAGCAGUUAUUUAUGCCAUUAUUUGUUGUGUUUUUUUAAAAGCUGUGCUUAAUUCUGUAUGUUUGUAUUUGCUUUUUUAUUACACAGCCAUGUUAUACUGCUGCUGCCCACCCCAUGUUUUCCAUAUUAAGGGUUAAUAAGUGGAAAAAUACCCCUCUCUAUCUUAUUAAAUAUUUUAGCUAAAGCAGCAAGGUGAAUUGUUAGUGUAGGGCUCAGCUAAGCAGUUUUCCUUGACAUGGCAGGUGAGCUUACACUAUAAUAGCAUUGAAGUGAUCCUAAAAUACCUCUAUGUAUUUAAAUGUGCAUAGGGAUUUGGGAUAGUGCACAAGUAACUUUUUUUUAUGCCCAGGAGUAGUAGGAGUUUGAGCGCAGGGCUUAAUUUUGUAUGUUAGUUUUAUUUUAUGAAAAAAGUGCUAAGCAAAACAAUUUUGACUUAUUUUAAUGACCUUGGAUCUUUUAGAACAGAGGUUCCUAGCCCAGUCCUCAAGUACCCCCAAACAGUCCAGGAUUUAGGGAUUACCCAGUUGUGCCUAAGGUGUUUUUAGAAAGAAAAAUAAACACUUUAGGCACAACAGGACAAUCCCUAAAUCUUGGACUGGUCGGGGGUACUUGAGGUACUGAGUUGGGAACCCCUGCUUUAUAAGAUCACACUGAUCUUCGGUGAUACAUUAUUGUUUUUAAAGGGGCAGUACAUUAAAAUGAAUAUUGUUUUAUAGGUAUAUCGUUAAUUUUAAAAGUUCACAAUGUGCUUCUGGAACACUUUUAAUCCACCAUCUGUUAUGGAACUGCAUCUCCCAUGCUUCAUUGCCAGGCUUCUGUAGGACACAACUUCUUUGGACAUUAUAAUGUAACCUCAUUAAACCGUUUUAUUUUUUUUAUUUUUUUUACAACUGCUUAUAAUGCCAGUGACCUAUGAUCUUGUUUGUGACUCAAACACCUAUCAAUACAAUCUGGUAGACCAAAACAUAUGGUGUAUUUGUAUGCUACCUUUUGUGAUGCUUGCUUAUAUAUGCAUCUAUCUUGUUUUCCAAGACUGUGAUAAGAAGGUUAUACUUAUGUGCAGUCCAGCUUGUGUCCAACUUGUGUAAUUCUUGAUAUAAUUUCCUCGCUUUAUUACCCUUUUGUUUCAACAGUUUUGUUUUUGUUUUGUUUUUUAAAUUUUUUUUAUUUCUAAAUCAGAUUAUUAAAGGCAAACUUUAUUUAUUGCAACACUCUUAGUGCUGUGGAAUAUCAAAACGAAUUAUUCUGCUUUGUAAAUACAGAACAUCUACAUUUUUUUAAAAAAAUGUUGGGCUUGUGCAUGCCAGGCUUUAUUUUAAUUAUUUUUCAAUGUUGUGGUACAGUGCUACUUCAUGGAUCUGCAUUUUUCAAUGGCAGAAAAAGAACCCAAAUGUAUCUCUUCAUUAAUGAGGAAAAUGUCUGUAAAAUGCUUUACUGGUUAGCUUUGGAAUGAAGAAUGUUUGUCAGUAGAAACACACAUGAUUGUUAUUAUGUUUUGCUCUGCUCCUACAUUAACAUGUAAUUAAACAAGGCUCCCAAAGCAAUUGAAAAUACUUAGUCUAAGAAGGUUUACUUUUUCGCCUAGAAAUAAAAUACAUUUGGAUUGUGUUUAAGGAUGGAUUCAUUGAUAAAAUGUGCAUUACUUCUCAAAAGUAAAGCAAGUAUCAACUUGAUAACCCUAAUGUAGUAAAACUGUUCUUGUUGUACACCACAUGCUAACAGAGAGAAGUCUACUGAGAACUACAACUGAAAUAAAAGAAUUGUGUAUCCAGUAUGUGAUUUUUAUUUUUUGGAACUGUCUCAGACAUAUCUGUUAUUGUAUAGACAGAGGUGUUUGAGUUCAAGCAAAUAAUAUCUUGCGUUGCAUUGAUUUUUAAACAAAAUCUUGGUUGUAUUUUUAUUGGUUUUUAAUUAUUAUUGCCAUGUAUAUUAUACUUUGGAUUAGAGCAGGAUUAACAAUAAAACGACCAUAGGCAGCUACCUAGGGCUCUGAUUAAAUAGGGUCUCCAAAACCAUGAAUUUGCUUGGCCUCAUUUACUAACCCUGCGUGAGGAAAUAAGGAGGGGGGCAGACUGAAAGCCUUACUAGGACCCUGAAUCUGGGGACACUAUGGUCACCAGAACAACUACAGCUUAAUGUAGUUGUUCUGGUGUCUACUGCCUGUCCCUGCAGGCCUUUUAAUGUAAACACUGCCUUUUUUAAAUUGAGAUUUCUGUGUCAGUGCUGCAUAGUGUGCAGCACUGAUAUUCAGCAUCUCUACACUGUGCAUGGAAUCACUGAACUCUCCCCAUGUAGAUGCAUUGAUUCAUUGCAUCUCCAUGAGGAUAUGCUGAUUGGCGCAGCCAAACAUUGGCUCCAUGAAAACAUUGGAUUGGCUGAGAUCAUCAAAUUUAAUUAUAUCAGCCAAGGAGACGGAGAAGGGGCAGUGCCGGCCACGAGAUCUGCACGACGCUGGAAAAAAGGUGAAGGGGGGAGGAGGGAGAGCGGGGUCCUAAAUGGUUAUUUAAACCUAUAGUGUUGGGAAUACAUGUUUGUAUUCCUGACACUAUAGUGUUCCUUUUAUCCUUUUCUGCUAAUUAUGCGAUCUCAAAGGGAUACUGUAGUCACCAGAACAACUACAGCUUAAUGUGGUUGUUCUGGUGUGCAUAAGAUAUCUUUAAGAGAAAAGGCAGUUUUUACAUUACUGUCUUGGAACACCUCUAAUGGCAGUCACUCAAAAUGUCCACUAGAGGUGCAUCCUUGAUCGUGCAGCACUGACUUUCAGCAUCACUACGCUGGAUGAUCCCCAUGGAGAUGCAUUGAUUCAUUGCAUCUCUAUGAGGAGCUGCUGGAUGGCACAGCACAGCGUUUUGCCGCACAAUAUCCUCCCAUUGCUUUCCUUCGAGAUUGUUCAAUUUUGAUGAUCUCCGCCAAGGAGGCGGAUUGCCGCGGAGCAAGCCGCGACGAGACUGGUGCAAUGUUGGAAUAAAUGUGAGUAAAAUCACCUUUUACUUCUCUAACAGGGGGAACGGGCACCAAAACUACAGCUAUACAGCUGUACAUGUUUGUAUUCUUUACACUGUGGCGAUCCUUACAUUUGUGCUUUGGUCCAGAAAAAAAUGUCUGUUGAUCUCUUCGUUCAGAUCACACAUUUAGUACAAUUCAUUGUGUAUUACUAUUAACUUUUGAUUUUACACAACAAAAGGCAAUACCACUUUUAAUAUUUUUCCUUUAUUAUUGGCCUUGGUGGCUAUAUGACAUAAAUGUAAAGAUUGCAGUUGGCAAAAAAAGGCCAGGUUAAGAUGAUUGUACAUAUGCUCAACGCAAUAGUUAGUCUGCAUGCAACAUAUAUUUUUUUAAGGAUUUAACUGCUUCUUGAUGAAUAGGGUAACCAACUGUGAGAGCAUCAUGAAAACUGGCACAGUAUAGGUGGUCCUGAAUGAACAAACUUAAGAAGUUGUAAGCAUUUACUGCUUAUAGUCCGUUGCAUUGCCAAGUCAUAGAGUCACACUUAUGUAGAUCUUGUUUCCUGAUCAGAAACUAUUAAUAUGUCUCAGUUUACUAAUAAUUUAGUUGAGGUAUCAUUUGCAAAAUACUAAUUUUUGGUUUCUUCUGUUUAAAGGAUACGGUUUUGUUGAAGAGUCCAGUGAAGGAGCUGAAAUGGACCACGUUGAAGGUUAGAGUGUAUUUUUUGUGUGGAUUUGCAUUAGAGACAGCUGUGAUAAUAAAGUAUAAUUAGAUAAAUCCAUGCCAAUAUAAUAAUUAGAUUUGUGUAUGCAUACACUAUGCAAUCAAAUUUCGUGCCAUUUUUAUAUGAAGAACAAUUUUUAGUAAACAAUUCUAAAACAGGCACAGUUAACGGAACAUUUAAACAGUUUCCCUGGUAAUUACUUAAAAUAUUUCCCAUAAUUACACUUAAUAAAUUACCUAUUUUUUUAAAAUAACUUUGCUGUUGCAUGGAUUAUUAUGGAAAGUAUGAAGGGUGUUUUUCCAUGUGUAAAAAUUUGUGAAAUAUCAAUAGACAAAAAUAAUGUCAUUAAAACAGUAUAAUGGGGAAAACAUACUAUAAACAAAAUCUCCCAUCAUAAUUAAAGAGACUGAUGCAAGAGGGUCUGUGAAAUAGUCAACAUAAAAGUCCUUCUAAAACAAACUGAUCAGCUACAACAUUUAAAACCUAUUACAAGUGAACUGAAUAAAAUUGAUCAUAUUGUUACAAUGGCACCUGCUAAGGGGUGGGAUGUAUUACAUAGCAAGUGAACAGUCAGUUGAUUGCUAGACAACUGGGUCAGAGCUAGGGAUCGACCGAUUAUCGGUUUUACCGAUAUAAUCGGCCAAUAUUCGGUAUUUUCGGCAAUAUCGGUAUCGGCCAAUUCAGAUACCGAUAUUGCCGAUAAUACCUCCUAGGACCGCCAGUGUGUUUGUGUAGUGUGUUUAUAUAAUGCACACUACACAAACACACUGCAUUAUAUACACACACUAUACAAACACACACACUCUGCAUUAUAUAAACACACUACAUUCACUAUACACACACACACACUACACAAAUACACACACACACACUUUGCAUUUAGUAUAUACAUCAUUCACUUUAUGCACACUACCCACACACUACACAAACUCUCUGCUUUCAUUAUAUACACACUACACUAAUACACACUGCAUCCACUACACACACUUGACAAAUACACACUGCAUCCACUACACAAACACACAUUGCAUCCUCAACACACACUACACAAACACACAAUGCAUCCACUACACACACUACACAAACACACGCUGCAUCCACUACACAAACACACACAGCUCCCCUGUCUAAACACACUGCAUCCACUACAUGUGGCAUGUAUAUUUUGUGCAUUUACCUUUAGAAAUAGUUUUUAUUUUCCAAAAUGGUAAAUGUACAGAAUAUCGGCAAAUUAUAUCGGCUAUCUGCCUGAAAGUUCACAGAAUAUCGGUAUCGCCUCUAAAAAAUCAAUAUCGGUCGAUCCCUAGUCAGAGCAUCUCCAAAAUGGCAAGUCUUGUGGGGUGUUCCCGGUAUGCAGUGGUUAGGACUUUUCAAAAGAUGUGCAGGGAAGGACAAUCGGUGAACCUGCGUCAUGGUCAUGGGUGCCCAAGUGUCAUUGACUAUUAAGUUUUAUUCACAUAUUUAAGUGAACCACUGAAUCUGGUACAAAAAAUUCUUGCUUUGAUGUGAUUGUUGGAGAAUUGCACAUUACAGUACAGUGGUAGCAGCUAAGAGAUUAUAAAUUUUUUUUUUUUUGUACUGUCAAUCGAUAGAACACUUGCCCUUCAAUAAGUGCUCAUAUACAUCAACUCUGUUUUCCAACAUUCCUGUAUGUCUAAGGUAUGACUGUCAGAAAGUAUAAAGAACGGAAGUCCCAUCAAUCAAAUAGUAGCCCCUGCAGGACAAUAUCCAUAUGUGAUAUACCAGAUGUCUCAUUGGUUAUACUCUGUACGAUUCCACAGCAAAGUAAUAAAUCAUACAGUCAAAAAUUGAUGCAGAAAUCUUUUCAAACCUAAAAAAAAUAAAAAUAUAUACAAAAAUCUGUGCACAAAAACAUAAAAUAUCCAAGAAAUAAUGACAGAUGAAUCAUGGGCUGCACUCUUGGGAAACAGUGUCCCUUCCAUGGCCCUGGUUAAUAAAAACAACAAAUAUUCUUAAAUAGGCUAGCACUCCCGCCAAAAUAACCGUUCUCCUUGCGUACCAUGUGAUGACAUCAUAUCGGGUACGGUAGCCUAGGAUGUACAAACGCAAAUUGUACGAUUACAUGUUGUAAUUUUUUUUUAACUGUAUAAAUAAUUACGCAUGUGUCUGUGUAUAUACAUGCAUAUAUUCUAAAUACAAACACACUAAAGGGUAAGUAAUUCCAUAUUUCCAUCUUUGCACUUUCAUGGAUGAAUGUAUGGAUGAAUACAUUUGUUUACAUUUUCCUAUUUUUGUUUUAACCUGAUCAGUAGACCUGGAUAUAUAGUUAUUCAAAGUUAACAUGACAUUUGGAAAAUAAUGCAAAGAAAAUAAAAAAAGAAUUAAUUAAUUGCAAAUGGUAGUUGAUUUUGUAGAAACACUACUGAUAAAUAUUUGAAAUGAGGCUAUUUAACAACCCUUCCCUUCCGGCGUCAUUAAAAAGAUGUAACACUCACCUUUAUUUCACUGCUCUGCAGGUCUCUUGACGAUCUCAACCAAUCCAUUGCUUUUCCACGGGAAAACAUUGGAAGGCUCUUGCACAUGCGUGGCAAAACACCGCUCUGUGCCAACCAGCAUCUCCUCAUAGAGGAGCUUUGAAUAAAUGCAUCUUUGUGGGGAACAUUCAGCACGUCCAUGCAGUUGUGAUCCAGGAAGCACAUCUAGUGGCUGUCUGUGUGACUGCUACUAGAGGUGUGUUAUUAGACAGUAAUGUAAACACUGCAUUUUCUCUAAAAAAGUAGUGUUUGCAUUUAAAAGCUCUAGUUGUUCCGGUGACUAUAGUGUCCCUUUAAUUUUCUUUAUUAUUAUUCCCGCAUCUAUUAUACAAGACACAGUAGAAAAGUCCAUUACAAUAGAACAUGCAUUGAUAAGAAAUCUAAAUUCAAAAUUUAUUCAUGAAAGCAAAAUAAAUAUAUGGAUUAUUAUUAGCGUUUAUAAUAUAAACACAUAACUUGGAGCCCAAUAGUGUUACGGGCACAAUAGAAAAUGAAGAGCUUUAUAAAUCUUAUUGCAUAUUGGACGUUUUUUCCCCCCCUAGUUUGCAUGUACAAGAAUGUGAUGUAAAUGGGGGUUUUCAUUUUGAGUUGAUAUUCGAAUAUAAGGUUCCUAGUGAUGGAUUGCUAUAUUUUACAUUUUUUUAACUACAGAGCAUCUUAAAAUUAAGUCUUGACAAUUUUAUGUGCAUUAAGGCAGCCUGUUCUCUCUUGUUUUCAAACCCUUUCUGUGAUCCUUAUACAUAGCAUUUGGGCUGGUGAGACCAGAUUACGAUAAACUGUCCACCAAAAUGGUGGAUUGCAACCAUACCAAGCACUGACGUUCGUGCAAAACAAUGUGUGGAUAUAACCCACAUCAAGCAUCUCUACUGUUUCUCAACUUAUAACCUAUUUUACUCCAAUAUCACUAAGUGAAAACUGAAAUGAAAGCUCCGUAGAGGGCUUGAAAUGCAGUCAUACAAAAAUUCAGCCAUAUCCAAGGGUUGUGGCUUUCUUGGAGCCAGUAUGACAUUUUAUAUUCAAAUAUAUUGAUUUUAUUAAAACACUUCUGAAACCACAACGGAACUCACAAAUGGUAGAACAGCUUAGAAUUUUAUGUACUGUCUACUUUUGGUUUCUGUUUUAUAUUUAUAAUGAUUAUUGAGCCUCCUAUGUGUGACUUACUAUAUACAGUAGUAUAACCUAUCUCUGAAGAUCCUUUUCCCCCCUCACUUGUAAAAUGCUAAAAAAUAGAGCAAUCAUGUUAGAGUAAAUGUAAACAAUAACUACUUAGUGCUAAGAAUGGUAUUGAAUUUAUUACUAUUUCUUUGCACACAAAGAUAUAUUUUCCCAUACGUUAUUAGAUGGUAUUUAUCUAGCUUACAUUUUUUUUUUUAGUCUUACUUUCUCAGUUCAUUGCUGCAGUUUGAUUUGUGUGCCUCAAAAAAAGAACAUGAUGUAAUGCACACUGCUUGCUGUUGGUAAUAUAGAUUAUUUCAAAAGAAUGAAGGAAUUCUCAUACUUUUCCAAAUAAUUGAACUAGUGCUCAUUUCCUAUUUUCAUGUUUCCAUUUAUCUUAACUUCUUCUUCUUUGUAUUUUUUCUCCUGUGUAUGAUUUUAAUUUCUUCUUUUCCUAAUCUUGAAUACUCUGCCCUGUAUUAAAUUGUUUAAAAAAAACAAUUUGAAGGGUUUGACCAAUUCAGUUCCAUAAUUGAUGCUGUGAUUAUAGAUUGUAAUAAUUGCCCUUCGAAGUUCACUUUUUCUCUAUCUGAGCAAGCGGUUUGACGUUUGGGUUCCCCGUUAUCCCACAGUGUAGCCCCUCACCGAUUUUCUUUUCUACUUUAAAUUUGCCUAUCUGAGGAUAAAAUGAAUUGGAAGAGAAGUGUUCUCUCACAGAAUUUAUAUCAAUAAUAUCGAACAUGAUUUGACGGAGUCAAUAUCCCUGCAAUUACCCUACAGUGCUCCAUAAAGUAAAAAUCUGAAUUUACCCCCAAAAUACAUUAGGCUGAAACUAGUUUAUUUUAGUCUAACAGGAUACUCCAUACAUAUAAAAGACUUCAGGAAUUGGCACUUUUCAUGGCAGAAACACUUCCCUGCCUGUAAAUCUGAAAGCAAGAGAGGUUGUAUUCCUCUUCCGUUAGCUCUAUGGAGCUAAUGCAAACGGCAGGUGCGCUGUGCUAGCGCACACUUGUGUAUUCCCCUUAUGAAUGAGCUGUAUUAUAGUUCCUUGAGAAGCAUUGAAUAGUUGUGUGCGCACUCCUGGCUCCAGCACAGAGGCUUCUCAGUGACACACAGACUGAAAGCUUACAAAGGCUGUAGAUAAAAGAUCUGCAUCUUUUGCAAUAUGUGGGGUGUUUUUUUGUUGUUGUUGUUUUGUUUUUGUUUUUUUUAUAUACACCUAAGUUGUAUAUGAAGAAAACAGGCAGAACAAAAUGUAUGCAUUUUCUCAUUGGCAGUAUAUCUUUUAAAUUAUUGAAAAAAUAAAUGGAGUGUUCCUUUAAUAUAGUAGGCAGGUCCAGGAGUACAUCAGUAGAUUAAACAACUUAUUGUUAAGAUGGGAAAUACUCAAUAUAUUCUUCUCCGUAUACUGUAUUAUUUGGAGCAAUGACAAUAUCAUACUUACAGUAAUGAUAUCGAAUUAUUCUAAAAUACGUGUCAAUGCCAAGAUUUUUUUCACAAGAUGAGAUAUAUAACUAUAUCUUGAUGUGUGAUUGGCUAUUAUUGACUGUAAUCGAGUAUGGAGCUGCACACGUUUUUGGUACAGAGAAGCCCACAAGUAGGAUACUUGAAGAUCAAUCAAUGGAGUUGUCAUUAUACGAUAAAGGCAAAUAAGUAGUGUUAUUUGGGCUUCUUCUUCUUUCUUCUUCUAAGAUUCAACGCUACAAGCGCCUUCUGAAACAAGUGAGGACCCUGAAGUUGAGGUCACCAUAGAAGGUUAGUUUUAUAAACUAAAAUGGAAAAAAAGGCGAGAAACCAUUCCAUUUAACCCCUUCAGUACCCAAAUCUAGUAUAAAAGUUUUUUUUAUUUUCAUGUAUUAUACAGUAUAAUAUCUAAUCCACAAAGUCUCUCACCCUCAUUAAUACAUUAAGUUAUGUUUAACCAGGCUAUAGAGGAACACAUUUCUUUGUCAGAAGCCACUAGUCACAGAUAUAAUGCCUGCAAAUUUGUUGAAAUGUAAGUUCAUCACUUGGUUCAGAACAGUAAAGUAACUUUCAAUGGGAGAUAUUAUUCCUACUUUCAGGGAGGGGAGGAGUGAAUGGAUCAUUUCAUUGUCCGUAUGAGUUAACUGUUUUUACUGUAUGCGGGCACUAUGCUAAAUUGUGGGCAUUCUUUUUAUAUUCUGUUUCAAGUUUUAGUGGGCUGUACUGCUUAGUAAUGCCUUCAGGGUCCUUACAUAAAAAUAGUCCAACACUUUGCUUAUAGGUCUUUGCAUCUAUUUUGUCACAUGUACUGUAUGUGAGAAUAAUUGAAGUUUUGCUUUUAAAAUAACAUUUCAGACCCUGUGUGAAAUAUUGCAAGAUAAAGGACACUGUAUACUUUCCAGAGCUAUUCAUUUCCCAAAUAAUUUUUAUAAAGGAUGAAUGAAUAAGUGAAAAAAAUCUAAUUGUGUAAAAUUUAUGUAAUUUUAAUUUAUUUAUUUUUCCGUCUGCAAACUAUCUCUACAAAACAUUGCUGUGUUAUGGUAUGCUUAUAUGCUAGCUAGGCAUCCCUUCCUUCACAUCAAUAAUAUGCUGAUAUUUUUUCCAAUCAAAAUUUUUCGGUAAUGAAGGGGUUAAAUAAUAUAGCAAUACUUCUUUAUUUCACAUGCAUGCUAAAUGCAGCUGCACGGUUAGUGAUCGUUGUAACAAAGUCAGUGAUCAGUGCAUGUGAUAUGUAUUUGUGCUAACUCUAAAGAUGAUUUGUCACUUCUGCUUAUAUAAAUCAAAAUUAUUGUCAACUGAAGACUGCUAUGAUGGGUAUGAAUAAAACAGUCUGUCCCCCACACAUUGCAUAUCUAAGCGUAAAGACACUGCAUAGAUAACCAUGAACCAUUUUGUGCAGGUUUAAGCCUGCUUGCUUUGCAAAUUAGAUAUCUUGAUUUAUUUUCGUCUAUAAGGACGAUAUAUUUGUUCUCCAUUGCUUCUUUUUAGCUUUUACUACCAGAAGAGAAGUAUUCUGCUUAGAGAUGCUUUUAAAAAAAAUAUUAGAACUCAAAUAUUUUGCUUUCUAAUUUAUGUAUUGAGUUUAGUGCAUUUUUUUUGUACAGAGGAAUCAUCUGACCUGUAUUAUGCAGUUGUCUACUAGCAGUGGAGGUGCACAGUGUAAGGCAACAAGGGGUACUAGGGAAUAAAGUGAGAGGACCAUAAACAAUUGAAUAUAGGGUAACAUAUCUUCUCUACUGCUUGGAUGACCACAGCCAGAAUAUAAAUGGUUGUAAUCAUAUGUUUAUGUAGCAGGAAUCAAAAAGAGGGCUCAUUAUGGAAGUGAGCCAGGUACAACCGAUUUUACAAAGGAGUGGUUGUUUGUAGAUACAGGUUGUUCAGUGUGGGCUUGUUUGCAUUUUUAUAUUGUAAUAUUGUCUUGAUUCCAGCCAAUCACAUUGCUAUGAAAUGAUUAAUUGGAAGGAUAUAUAAAUGCUGAUCAUGGUUGUUUGCAUCAUUUUCUAAAAGUCAAUUCUGUUGUUCUUUUGUGCCCAAGAAGAUGACUACUCGCCACCACAUAAGAAGAAGAAAAGUACAGAGCUUAUCAUUGAUCAGUCAACACAAUGCAAAAGAAAAACACGAGAGUUUAACUUUGGUAAGUAUAUUCAUUGACUUCUAUAGACGGAAUGUUUCUUUAUGAUUCUUAUGGAAUAUUUUAUAGGUGUAUAUUUGAGAAACCAAGAAUAGCGAUAAAUUAGGUUUAUUUAAUUGUUGUGUCCUAAAGGAACAUUCCAGAUACAUUAAGCCCUUCAGCUUGCUGCAACUCUUUGCUUGUCUGGAUCCGGGCUCUUUUAUUAACUGGGGGGGAAAUAUUAUUAUAAAUUAUAUAGCACCAACAUAUUCAACAGUGCUUUACAAUUAUAAAAUAUCUGACAACAAGUAAUGUUACAUGUAGAAUAUAACAGAGACAAGCGGUGAAGAAGGCCAUGCACAAAUGAGCUUACAAUCUGUGAGUAGAAAUUGGCACAUUUAUAACUGGGUGCAAAAACACCUCUCUGACUGUCACACAGAUCGUUGGAGAGGUUUUCUUCUGCUUCGGUUAGCUUUACAGAGCAUCCAGAAGUGUCAUGCGCACUGCCAAUGAGGUGUGUUACAGAUUAUUGGAAAAUAGCACAUGCUCAGGGCUCCAGCACAAAGGGCUUUCCGUGAGAACACUCUGAUUGGUCAAUUCCGUGGUCUGUACCUGCAAUUAUUAUUAAUAUUAUUAUUAUUAUUAUUAUUAUUAUUUAUAUAGCGCCAGCAAAUUCCAUAAAGGGGAAAGACUACAGGUCUCUAGCAGAUAUACAUACACAUUAACAAACAAACACACUGACUGACAUACACACACUCAGAUACACACAUGGACAGAUAUACAAACAAGAUACACUGACACAGAUACACAUACACACAGAUACACACACACUGACAUACAGAUACACACACUGGCAGAUGGACACACUGACACAUACAUAGAUACACACACUGACCGAUACACUGACACACAGAUACACACACUAGUACAUACACUGACAUACAGAUACACAAUAUCACAUACACUCAGAUACACCACACACAAGUCAUAAUGUUUAAAUUUUGCAGCCACCCUCUUAUCUUUUUCUGCAGGAAUGGCAUGCUUAGAGUGCUGCUUGCUGCUGGUGUGUGGAGUCUACAGCAGCUCCCUCCCGCUACUGCCUCUCUCCAUUUGGCCAGCGCUCUCCAAGUCUGGGAGGAAGUGACUGAUUGUCACUUCCUUUCCAGCAUCCUAUACUACAGGGGCCCGCUUACGGGAUUAAAAGCACCUGACUGGCCCCCUGUUCAGUGAUACCGGUCGGGUGGCUCUAAGUGCCUGGGCCAUCCAAUGGGCAAAUCGCCAUGGAACACCAAUUGGGAAACGCUGUUGUAGAGGAUUGUAGUGUUUUAAAUACCCAUCAGGUAAUGCCAGCUACCUAAUAACUGAAAUUAUGGUGGGAACAUUGAGUGCUUUAUUUUGUAUUACUAUUAUGUGAAGCUGUGUUUUUAUAUACCUUCAAAAAAACAUGCAGAAAACAUAGAUGAAUGUUUUCUUUGUAGGUACAUAUACUAAACAAUAAAAUAAAAAAAUCAAUGGAGUGUUUCUUUUAGAGGCAUUGGUCUAACUACAUAAACUAUGUAUCUCUAUUUUGUGUUAUUUUCCUUUGCAGAUAAGUGGAAUGAACGAAUUACAGAACUAAGGAAACAAGUGGAGGCAUUGUUUGAGAGAAAAUAUGGUAUGAAUGAAUAAACUGCACAUCAUUUACUUCUCUGGUGUCUCUGAGAGGGCCACCAAGGCCCACUCAUGAUGUAGUAUGCAGUAGACAUGUGCACAAAUGCUUUCAUCUGGUACAAACAAAUCAAAUUAUUUCAGUUCUAAGUCAAAACUAAUUGAUCCGUCCGGUAUUCACCUGCAGAGUUUUAUUUAAUGAAUUCGACCCCAUAGGUGUAUCCCGGGCAGAUUGCUUCACUUGUGUGUAGAUUAAAUUUUUUUCGGACCAGCUGAAAUGCAUUCUUGCGCAAGUCUAGUAUGCAGAUGCCUGUGUGAUAAUGCAGAGCAUCAAGUAAGAUAGACACAAGGGAAUAAUGACAGGGUCAAACAAAAACUCAUACAUCUUUGCUUCCUUGUAAUCACUGUGACAUUUAUUUAAUGAUGAGAUUUUUAUUUUAUUUCUCCCUGAGUUCGCCCACAAUGACUGCACCAUCAAAAUAAUAGUUAUAAAAAUAAUUGUGCUGAUAGAACAUUCGCAGGUUUGGGUGGCAAACUAGUCAGUCUUUCAUUGAGAGCUGAGUGCAAGUAUUGUCUAUACUUAUGCCUAACUCAAUUUCUCUGCUACCUUUUAGUAGAAGUUUUUUUUUGCUUUUUGUAAUCUUCACUUUGUUUUACAAUUAAGCAGAAUUCAUCUGUAUAGAUAAAUAAAAUUUAAUAUAGUGAACAUGUUUAGUAAAUUCAGUUAUUAUCUGAUGUCUCUUGGUUCUCUUGUAUGAUGUUUAAGGCAUUUACAAUACCCAUUCUCAAACAGGUUUUUAUCAGUGGGGCAUCUUGUGUUGAUUUGAGAACAAUAGUUUAGUACAAUCUGUUAGUACUAUCAGCUUUUUGAUACGUCUUCAUUUUUUACUGUAACUUUAAGAAAUCAGUUUUAUUAUGUGUAACGUUUGUAUCUCAUUGUUGUUGUUUUUUUUCUUUUUUUCCUUAGCCUUAGCUAUAAAUACCACAGAUUCGGUAUCAAUUCCAUAUCACCUCUUCCAAUCCAAUACAGAAGAUUUAUAUGUGGAAGGACUCCCAGAAGGAAUUCCUUUUAGGAGACCUUCGACUUAUGGAAUUCCACGCCUCGAAAGGAUACUGUUAGCCAAGGAACGAAUACGAUUUGUGAUCAAAAAGUGAAUCUUUUUUUUUUUUUUUAGUUACUUUGUUUUGAGGGUGGGGGUGAGCGUACAGUUGGAUACAGGUCUUGAGUGCAAUGGGAUCAAAUGGGAAUGGUGUUCCUACUUUUCCCUCUGCUGGUCCUGACUGCCAGAUUGGUAUUUGUAUCAUUGUGCUUUGUAAGAGAAUGAAUCAAGGUUUCCCCAACUCACUUAUCAUUCUCUCUUUACUCUCUUGCUACACUGUGCUGUGGAACCUUUCAGUAACAUUAUGCUGGGAAAACAACUGAUGAUAUAUCUCAGAGCUGUCCACACAGCAAAGCACAAUGUGAGGGAGCAGAGAAAGAGGGAGAAUAUACUUAAUCCACUGGAGUUCUUUCAUUGUUUUGAUAGGAAAAUUACAUAAGUAUACAUAAGCGCUUCAUGCUUGGCAAACUAUUCUUUAUUUGCAAAAUUGGUUCAGUGACCCAUUUCAAAAGUAGUCACUUAAAGGAUUACUCUUAAGCAUCAAACCUUGGCACCUUUUCCUGGUAAUGGGACAAAAUGUUUUGUAAUGCAAUGGUUUGCCCUCUUACCCGGUCCCACCAGGCGUAGAUACUCCUGUAAUGGAGCUGCAGAAGUCGUAAGCCAAUCCUGCCAUCCCUUCACUGGCUGAGCGCUCUCAGACAAUAAAUGAGUGUCUGUGCACAGAAUAUGCACAGAAUUGACAUUAGUGAGUUACACCUCUGGCAGGUAGUCCAAAUAUCUCUGUAUGUGCAGCAUUUCACACUGAAAUAUUGUACAUGCAAGAUCCUUGCAUCAUGACCACUUCAAAAUACUGAAUUGGUCUUUGUUCUUGGAAAAACCCUUUAAACAACAGUUUAGUUAUAUGAAUCAACACGACAUACUUUAACUCUUAAAAUAAUGUUUGACCUUGGAUUACAAUUCUUCUUUAUUACGUUCCCUAAAAAGUUUACUAAAUUAAUUGCUUUAUGGGGAAGGAGAAAGUGAAAGUGUAUAGUUAUCCAGGAUUAGCAUACUUGAUCGUUCCGAAGAUAAACUAAGGUGUGUUGGAUGCUGCAAGUGCAUGAUCCACCUUUUGAAGUAGUGUAGAAAAAUAAAUCCUUUGCGUUCAGUUUUGAAAAAAUAGAUGACAGCUACUGAAUUUGUACAAAAUAUGUGUUUAAAUAUGUAAGCUGCUUAAAUGUAAUGAUGAAUGUAACUUUGUUUUUCUUUCAUUUUUCUACUCAAAGACCUGAGGUUUUGACUUCUGCAAGAGAACCCUUACUCAUUGAAAAACAAAACACAGGAGGUAUGUAACACGUAUGAACACAAACCUAUGUCCAUAGACUGGAUACAUUUGUGAAGUACUACAAAAUCCCGCAACAAUAAUACAAAAAUCCAUAUACAAAGCUAUGUACAAUACACUGUAAUUUCGCACUUACAGUAACUUUGACACUAGAGUCUAGUGCAAAACAAUUUACUUGCUUGUUUAUACUGACACAUGCCUUUUACUGUUUCACUUUGUAGGUUUUUAAAAUGCCAUAACCAGUCUUGUAUGUCCAGUUCUUUAAAUGAUGCUCUGUCUUCUUACGUGUUACUUCUCCACCUUCCUCUUUAACCUUCUACAUAGUAUAACUAUAUGCAUAUGGUGUGCUUACACAAAAAUAACAAACAAAUCUGGUAAGCGACAUUUGUUCACUUAUAAUCCUGUAUUGUAUAGGAAAAUAAUAAAUAAAUACAGAAUUAACAAAACGCUCAAAAUGUCAUCAUUUAAAUGGGCAAUCACAAUCUAAGCAGUGCGCUGUAUAGAUAAUCCAUCAUCAAGCAUACUCCUUUUUAACAUUCCUUCAUUAUGUUCUAAUUCCCACACAUUACUUUGGCCUUGAACAUUGCUCUUUCCAGGAUGUAGCUUAGCUAACAGUAUCUUCGUUAUUUGAAUAUUCGUAAGUUCUGUAGCAUCUGAACUGCUAAAUUGGUGACUGUUUUAGCAGAUCUCAAAGCUGUGUGUACUUGAAUACAGUUCUGCUUAAAGCUGGGGUUCCUGAGAGUUCUAGUUCAGUUAUGAGCUUUCUGCUUAUAAAGUAGUGAGCUAUACUGCAACUGUCCAGAAGGCUUUACUGUGCUUUCUGAUGACAUAAAACUUUGUUAUUGGACACUGCAAGUUAGGAGGGACAAAAGGGACCUUUGCACAAGUACAGUAACCCGCAGGAAAGGAGAAACAUAGAAUGUGAUGGCAGACCCAUCUAGUCUGCCCAAUUUUCUUAAUACUUUAAUUAGUCCCUAGCCUUAUCUUAUAGUUAGGAUAGCCUUAUGCCUAUCCCACACAUGCUUAAACUCCUUUACUGUGUUAACCUCUACCACUUCAGCUGGAAGGCUAUUUCAUGCAUCCACCACCCUCUCAGUAAAGUAAUACUUCCUGAUAUUAUUUUUAAACCUUUGUCCCUCUAAUUUAAGACUAUGUCCUCUUGUUGUGGUAGUUUUUCUUCUUUUAAAUAUAGUCUCUUCCUUUACUGUGUUGAUUCCCUUUAUGUAUUUAAAUGUUUCUAUCAUUUCCCCCUGUCUCGUCUUUCCUCCAAGCUAUACAUGUUAAGAUCCUUUAACCUUUCCUGGUAAGUUUUAUCCUGCAAUCCAUGAACCAGUUUAGUAGCCCUUCUCUGAACCUCUCUCUAAGGUAUCAAUAUCCUUCUGAAGAUACGGUCUCCAGUACUGUGUACAAUACUCCAAGUGAGGUCUCACCAGUGUUCUGUACAAUGGCAUUAGCACUUCCCUCUUUCUACUGCUAAUACCUCUCCCUAUACAACCAAGCAUUCUGCUAGCAUUUCCUGCUGCUCUAUUACAUUGUCUGCCUACCUUUAAGUCAUCAGAAAUAAUCACCCCUAAAUCCCUUUCCUCAGAUGUUGAGGUUAGGACUCUAUCAAAUAUGCUGUACUCUGCCCUUGGGUUUUUACGUCCAAGAUGCAUUAUCUUGCACUUAUCCACAUUAAAUGUCAGUUGCCACAAUUCUGACCAUUUUUCUAGUUUACCUAAAUCAUUUGUCAUUUGGCUUAUCCCUCCUGGAACAUCAACCCUGUUACAUAUCUUAGUAUCAUCAGCAAAAAGACAUACCUUACCAUCAAGACCUCCUGCAAUAUCACUAAUAAAAAUAUUAAAGAGAAUGGGUCCAAGUACAGAUCCCUGAGGUACCCCACUGGUGACAAGUCCAAGCUUCGAAUAUAUUCCAUUAACUACAACCCUCUGUUGCCUGUCACUCAGCCACUGCCUUACCCAUUCAACAAUAUUUGAAUCCAAACUUAAAGAUUGCAGUUUAUGGAUAAGCCUUCUAUGUGCAACAGUGUCAAAAGCCUUACUGAAAUCUAGGUAAGCAAUGUCUACUGCACCACCCUGAUCUAUAAUUUUAGUUACCCAAUCAAAAAAUCAAUAAGAUUAGUUUGGCAUGAUCUCCCUGAAGUAAACCCAUGUUGUCUCUGAUCUUGAAAUCCAUCUGUUUUUAGAUGUUCAUCAAUCCUAUCCUUUAACAUGGUUUCCAUCACUUUCCCCACUACUGAAGUAAGGCUUACUGGCCUAUAGUUGCCCGACUCCUCCCUAUUACCUUUCUUGUAAAUGGGCACAACAUUCGCUAACUUCCAAUCAUCUGGGACUACUCCUGUUAACAAUGAUUGGUUAAAUAAAUCUGUUAAUGGUUUUGCUAGUACACCACUAAGCUCUUUUAAUAGCUUUGGGUGUAUUCCAUCAGGUCCCAUUGACUUAUUUGUCUUUACUUUUGACAGUUUAAAUAGAACCUCUUCCUCUGUAAACUCACGUGUAAUAAAUGACUCAUUUAUCCUUUUUCUCAACUGAGGUCCAUUUCCUUCAUUUUCAUCUGUAAAUACAGAACAAAAAUAUUCAUUGAGGCAGUCAGCUAGACCUUUAUCCUCUUCUACAUACCUUCCUUCUUUUGUUUUUAAUCUAACUAAUUCUUGUUUUACUUUUCUUUUCUCAUUUAUGUAUCUAAAAAAUGUUUUAUCCCCCUUUUUUACUGACUGUGCUAUUUUCUCUUCUGUGUGUGAUUUGUAAGCUCUUACAACCUGCUUAGCUUAGAUUUUUACUAUUUUGGCCACAUCUGCAGAGUACCACAGUGGUUUCUAAAAUGUUUUGCUUUUACUGACUAGCCUAAUGCAAUUUUCUGUUGCCUUCAGCAGUGCAACUUUUCCCAUUUCUCUUGGACUCCAUUUAAACUGCUGCAGUCUGAUAAUGACUUCUUUACACCUGUUCUAAUUUUAGAAAAGUCUGUUUUUCUAAAGUCUAAAACUUUUUAUUGUGUGGUGUGACCCAGUCACUGUUCUUAUAUUAAACCACACUGACUGAUGAUCACUGGAUCCUAAACACUCACCUACAGUAAUGUCUGAUAUCAAAUCUCCAUUAAAUCUAGUAUGGCCUCUUUAGGAGUUGGCUUCUCAAUGACUUGUUUUAGAGACAAUCCCAGUAUUGAGUUUAGAAUAUGUGUGCUCCUGGCACAAGCAGCUGUUUUGAUUUUCCAGUUCACAUCAGGAAGAUUAAAGUCCCCAUGCUGAUAACUUCCCCCUUCAUUGUCGUUUAGCUAUUUCCUCAACUAGCAGAUUAUCUAACUCUUUUUGUCCUGGAGGCCUAUAAAUCACACCUACACAAGUUACUGUGCGCUUACCAAAUUCUAACGUAACCCAAACGAACUCUAUGUUUGCCUAAUUAAUUUUAUUAGGCUAGAUUUUAGGCUAUCCUUGGCAUAUAAGGUCACCCCUCCCCCUUUCUUGCAUUCCCUGUCUUUUCUAUAUAAAGAGUACCUUGGUAUUGCUAUAUCUGUUAUUUUUCUUAUUAUAUUAUGCCACUAUUGCCACAAGUUCAUGGAUCUUAUUCCCUAAACUGAAAGCAUUUGUAGACAUGACUCUAAGCUUAUCAUUUUUUAACACACUUAGUAUUUUCUAAAUUGUUAGAGGACAAAGGAUUAUGAUGUAGAGCAUUUAUUUUCUUAUUUUUACAAAAACUAAACACAAUGAUAAUUAGACAAAAACAAAUAAUUUAGGUCAAAAUCUCACUGCUUUGAUGUUGUGCUGGUGCCUGGAGUGUAUCUUUAAUGAAUCUUGAUAUGCCACGCAAAAUAUUCUGCAGUGUUUCAGUAAUUCUGAAAUGUAAACCGCUUAUAUCACCAUAUGAAAUCAACACGUGUUCCCCAUACCAGUAGUAAGCAAAUAGUGACUUUUACCUUUUAUCUGUUUUGUUAGUGAAAGAAGAAUGGUAUGCCAGAAUAACAAAGCUAAGAAAAAUUGUUGAUCAGCUGUUUUGUAAAAAGUUUGGUAAGUAUAUUUCCAUUACUUAACUAGUCUAUAUAUUAAUUAGUUUCACUCCAGAUAUUAACUUCCAUAAUGUAGAAACCUUCAGAGACAAAGGAGAUUAAUUUCAAAGUUUAUAAAAUCGAGGAACAUUGGUAUGAUGGUAUGAUAGGUAAAAGGAUGGGAUAGUUGACACGAGAGAGAGGGUUUUUUUUUUUUUUUUUAAAGAGAUGGCAUGUUUUCAUCCUUUAAAGUGCCCUUACAAUUGAGGUGUGGCAUUUUGUCUAGAGUUAUAAAGAUAUCGUCAGUGAGGUGAAACUGGUUACUUAUAAGGUUAAGAUUGGAGGCAGCAAUGAAAAUAAAACCUGUAGGAACAUGUUAAUUGUAUUGUUCUAUGUAGUCAUUUAGGUUGGAAAAACUCACACAAUGCAUCAAAUGUAAAAUAUAACACUGUCUUGAUAUAUUAUUUAGCCAAAACAUUUUUUUUCCCAUUUAAAACAUGAUCAGUACUGCAUUUUUUCAAAAUUAAUUUUUAUUGAAAUGACAUCAAGAAAAAAAAAAAUCACAUAUGUGGGUAACAGACUCAUUUAAGCCAUAAACACAGAUGAGCAUAAAAAUUUGCAUUACUUCAGGAGACAUAAUACAGUCAGGAAUAAUAUAAAGGUAAAAACAUAAACACUGAAUAUAUGAAACAUACAAUAUAGUGUCAAUGUACAAAUGUGAAACACCAAUGAAAUGUUUAUCUGAAAAAACUAAAUGGGAAAUAAUAUAGCAUAUAAAAUAAGAGCAGUAUAUCUUCUAUAAUCAAAUCAUGUGAUUCUGGUCUUGAUAUAUGUCACAUCCGGGGCCGGAAGACAUGACUAAUUGUGAAAGUGUCGUAAUGCAGGAAUUUUAGCCCUAUUUAAAUGGAGAUGGAAAGAGGCAGAGAACCUACCUGAUGAAGACAAUAUGUCGAAACACUUGUUUUGGGGCCAGCGGUUUAAUGAUUACGGUAUUGUUUACAAUCCUUUACUGCUGGUUUUUGACUGUUUUUGAUCAAUUAAUUGUGUUUUACAAUCUUUGGAGUUGGAGUUAUAUUUCAAUUUCAGCCUGGGAAGAGGGCUGACACAUGGAGCCUAGGAUUGGCUCUGAAUAAUGUGAGUAAUUUGAUUAAAGAAGAUGCAUUGCUCUUAUUUUUUUUUACAUAUUAUGCUGUUAUUUCUCUUCUUAUUUUUCAGAUAUACACUGAUUGAUCAUAUUGUACUAUAAUAAGAUUUUACGUAUAAGUAUAACAUUGGUGUUUCACAUUUGUGUGCUCACACCAUAUAUUUCAUAUAUUGUGGUUUGUGUGUUGUUGUGGUGGUUUACCUCACUGGUGUUGUAAGAGCUGCACUGUGGUUUAUGCACCAACAAGCUCCAAUUCACUAAUUUGUGUAUAACGUAAAAAUAUGAACACUGUCAAUUCCCAGUUUUUUUUUUUUUUUUUCAUUGUAAUUUUUUUAAUCUCUCAAAGCUAUAGAGAGAUGAGAAAACAAAGGGGGAAUGGAAAGAAGAGAAAGGGAAGACGAGCAAAGAGGAAAUGGGAGGCAGGUGGGGGAAAAAAGAGAGAAAAAACAGGGAGGGAAAACAAAGUGGACAAAUUAAGCCUUAAUAAGGUAAUAGUAGGGACGACCAGUGCUGAAGGUUUAUUAUUGAACCUUUUUCUGUUUUUUGCCUACUGAUGUUUUUCUGGAUUUUUUUAAUUUUAUUUUUUUACAGCUGAUGCUUUGGGAAAAACUGAACCUAUGCCUGUACCAUAUCAGAAAUUUGAGGCCAACCCCAGUGAUAUGUAUGUUGAGGGAUUGCCUGAUAAUAUACCUUUCAGGAGCCCCUCCUGGUAUGGGAUCCCAAGGCUGGAGAAGAUAAUACAGGUUGGCAACAGGAUCAAAUUUGUUAUCAAAAAGUGAGUAGUAGGAUUUCGGCAUUCUUUUCAAAUAGUUUUUAUUGAAAAAUUUAAAAUAUAAUAAUAAAAUGAACAAUCAAUAUGACACAAAUGAAAUAUUGAUACAACAAACAAACCGGAGUAUAAUGUAAUAGAUAAUAUCGAUAAUUACACGGAACUAGUAAAUGAUCAAUUAUAGGAUAUUAAAGGUAACCUGGAAAAAAAAAACAAAAGAAAACCUCUCACUGCCCACUUUAUUAAAUACACGGCCUAGAAAUGCAUGGAUGCAAAAUGUGCUGGAAAAAUUCCUCCGGGGUGUCCAUGCUCACUCAACAGGGUCAUGUAGGGUCAAAAUGGGAGAUCUCUUUUUUGAAUUACCUUAGCCUUAGCCUUUAUUCAUCGUUUUUUGCACUCUCUGGUGGGACUUAGCCAUCAUUAUUUUAGUUACUCUCUGAUCUAAGCUUUUCUGGGCUGGGGUAUUUUCAUUCUCUAUCUGUGCUUACAUAUGUAGGCAUUUGCGCACAGAACUCUGAAAUCCACAGUCUACAUCACGCUUAUCAGGGCACUUAGAUUCAGAUUUAUUCUUCACUUAUCAGGGUUUUUGACAGCUAGUUUAGCUUUUUUAUUCGAGGUAGGUGCCCACGAAGGCACAGUUAGACUUUUUGCAAUAUAUCUCUCUAUAUAUCGUAACUCAUUAAUUUAAUUAUUUUAGUUCAGCUCUUUGACAGUUAUAUCGGGCCAAAGGAACUUUUGGAGAUAUAUAUAUCUAUACUCUUCACCUCUAGUACCUCUAGCAGUCAGUCUGAACAGGAUAUAUCAGACAGACUUGUCGUUCCACACUUCUUAGAAUGAAAAGAAGUGUUUGUUUAUAAGAGACAGACUUAAGUUUAGCACAUUUAUCUGUGCCUAAAGCAAUACCUUUAUCUAUAGGCAUAUCACCAAAUUUAAUAUCCCAGCCUAUACAAAAGCAUUGACACUUUUCUGUUCAGUGUCAUAAACCUAGAGAGUGAUUCACUUGUAACAACUGAUACAUUGUAACAUUAGUCUGUAUCUUUAGUUGUUACAUUUUGUGAAAUGUCCAAACUUGACUCUAUAGUUACAAUAUACUUAAUUUAAGUUUGAACAUCCUCCUAUUAAUCACUACCACUUAUCUGUCUAUUUUUAUCUCUCUAUAUUCCCUUUUGGUAUAUUGAGGUCUCUUGAAAUUAAUUAGAUUCGUUUUAUAGUCAUAUCACCUUUUAAUUGUUUCACUAUUAAAAGUUAUGUUUUAAAAAAUAUUUUUUCCACGGCAGUGCCUUUCCUUCUCUCAUUAUAUUCUAUUCUAUUUAGGGUUAACCCCUUCACUGCCUUAUCAGUUUACCAUAUACCAAGCUUCCACCUUUUUCUGGUUUCUGGGUUUGUGAUAUGAUGCAUUAUCCUCCUGGAAGCAUCCAAUGAAAGCAAUAUGGUUGAAUUGGCCUUAAAGGAAUGGAAAAAAGAUUUCUUAUACCCUUACAUUGUUCGUGUAUUAUACAGCUGACACAAAUCAGGAUGAGUUGAAAUUAUCUAUGUAAAAUUCCGACUGUACAAUGUGCAUGGUAAACGGACAGCUACAGUUUUUUUUUUUUUUUUUUUAAACUCUAACAGGUUUUUGUUGAUCACAUUUUCUUUGUUGCCAGUUCUAAAUUGUAGCCAUGCAAUUCUUGUUUGACUGUUUGCAUUAAUGAUAUGCCUAAUAAAGUGGGCCACUGUUGGCUUUAAAGGAACAAUCUGGGCAUCAACACAAUCUGAUUAAAUUCUGCCCUAUAGACAAUUACUGACUUUUUAUCUGCACAGUAUAUUAAAGAUGUUCAAAGGGGGCAUAUGAUAAGUGAUUGGCUAAGGAUUGGAAUCCUUGCAGCAACUCAGCUGACACUGAUCUCACUUUGGCUGAGCGUGGUACAUAAUAGAAUGCCUCACAGGGAGGUUGUAUUGUGAAAAAAUGGAUCAUGCCUAAGGAAGAUGCAAUACGUUUGUUUUCCUCUCUCUCCACAUUAGCCACUUAAGGACCCCAUGACCGUUUAUGUUGUCAUACAGUGCAGGGCUGUAACGCCCGUUGAUGGCUAGACCAUCACGUAUCAGCAGGGAUUACAUUUCUGCUGGUACCAAGGAACCCAAGGUAUAUUCCAUUUGCCAAGGGUCCAAACUGUCAGAUGGUGCCACAGCUAGUGGCCUCAGAGUGACAGAUGAGCUAUGAAGGCUGCACAUACCUUUUAAAUCCUUUAAAAUAACACACAAUUGCACUCAACCACAGUAUUUUUUAGUGUGCCCCGAGCCUGCAGCAUUAAAAAAACAUGGAGCCCCAUGUAUCCUUUGAUACUUAAAGGAACACUAUAGUCACAAGACAACUUUAGCCUAAUGAAGCAGAUUUUGAGAUCAUGCCAUCAUAGAUCAUGCCUCUGAAGUCCUACUGCUCAAUUCUAUCUACAGUGGCAAUGUCACUGCCCACUGCUAUUUAGGCAGAGUCUGACCUAGUGCCGAUGUCCCUUGGCGCUGGAUUCAGGUAAGUCACUGAAGGGGCUUUAACCCCUUCAGUGCCGUGGGAGAGGGGGCACGAGGGAGGGGUGCACUGCAGGAGCCUAUAGUGCCAGGAAAAUGGGUUUGUUUUCCUGGCACUAUAAAAUCUCUUUAAUGUAGCUCUAUCACCCCUUAUCAAAAAUGAGUAUUACGUAAUAAGAUAAAAUCUUAUGAAAUACCCAAGCUUAUCAGUUCCCCAGACGACACCUACCCAAGCUCUUUCUAUGGAGGGUCUCGCAGACAGAAGAAGAGCGGUAGGAAGAUGAUGAUGGUGCCUGCUAGGGACUGGUUCAGGUAAGUAAAUCUCACCUUCCUCUGCCACCGGAUCUAUAGUGACAAUGUCACCGCCAUUGGUCUUUGCACAUUGUUCAAAGACACCAGACGGUGACAGAACUGCUUUGUUUGCAUCAUCAGUUGCUAUUAAAGUGGACUUGUCACUUCUGUGGAUAUGACACCAUUGGGUCAAACGUUUAGAAAGCACCCAUAACUCAUGUUAAAAAAUUUUCACAUGAUGCCCCAUUGUCAUUUAUAUUAAAGGGGGACAUCUCAUUGAAGGUCUGGGUGCAGUUUGUUUUCACGUUUUACAAACACGUAUUUGUUUAAUAUAAAGUAAAACAUUAUAUUACAAAUAAUAGUGACAGUUCCCCUUUAAGAAACCAAUUGAUUUUUUUUUCAUUGUAUUUACUGUAUUGUGUAUCAAUCUAUUAAGUUGUAUUUAAAUCAUGUAUUGUGCUGAAUCAGAUCUUUGGUUCUUCAUAGGCACAUCUUUUGUGUACAUUUUUUUUAGCUAAUUAAUAACACUAUUUAAAUGACUUUUCAAAGUAUUGAAUCAUUAAUGAUAGUUUUCUUUUGAUGUUAAAAGCUGAUAUGUGUUUUUAUUUUACAGACCAGAGUUGCUUACGCAAACUGCACCAGAGUCUCCUCAAAACAAAAGUAAUUCAGGAGGUAAUUACACAUAUUAAAACAACAUGCUCCCAAUUUUCUAUGUAUUAAUCUUUUCUAUCGGUUUCAAAAGUAUUCUUUCUCUCUUUUUAGUGUUGUUUGUCUAUUUUUUUUCCUUCAGUUUGCUUUAAAGUGAACCUGUUAUGAAAAAGACAACUUACCUGAUAUCACUCCCAUAAACCUUAAAUACACUAUGUAUCGUAAAGAUACAGGCUGUAUUUAAUGUAAAAUAUUUAAAGAUUAAAGAUUUUCUCAUGUUUUUCCCUUGCGACACUGCUUUGUCGAUGUUAAUCUUCAUGUAACACACACCUCCUGGCCAUCCUCCGCUCCACCUUGGUCCUCUUCUUUGAUUUGCCCUGCUUGGGAUAUUACUCUGUUCCUAUGUUCCCUAGGUGGCCCCAUUAGCUCUCCCUUGUCUGUCAGACUGGCAGAGAGUUUACAUUCCUCAGUGCAUAGAUGGCUAGUUCCUGAAUUCUUCUAAGGAAUGUGAGAGAUCUCAAGUGGAGCAGAAUCUCUGGUUGUAUUUAAGGAGAAAAACAUGCAGUUAGAUGCCAUGUGAUGGCAGAAGUUUUUUUUAAUUAUAUGAGAUGGAAUAAAAAGUCAAUGUGAGGUGGAAGUGAUAUUGUGGAAGAGAUCAGAGAUAUUAGAGAUAUCUAAUAGUCUUGUGCAAAGUUUUAAAAAAAUUGGCUUGGCCAAGCAAUUUUUUCCAAAAAUAGAAAAUUUUGUAGGAUGUCUGAAUUUCGGAUGAAUGUCUGUUUGGCUUGGCAGAGUUUUAGUUCCAAAUAUCUGAUUUGAAAACCGAAUCACACGCUCAAAAAAGGCAUGAAAAUGGCUCAGAUUUGGGGAACUUGCCUGUUUUACUGUUCUGCAUUGAUCAAAUCUCCAAAUCUACUAGUGGACAUUUGAGGAUUCCAGGUGGGCCGUAGGGAUUUUCUAAUUUUGAGAGAUUGGGUGGGUGAGCGGGCGGGCGCGAGCCUGCGGUACCCCUGCGACCAGGUUCCACCAACACCACUUGCCGCGGCCGCAUAUUGAGGGGUCCAUCCCUGACAGCAUGGGCCACCCGAUGGAUGUGGAUUGUGAGGGGGCCCGGUCAGCGCUGGGCGCUUUAACAGCACGACCGGGCCCCCUGUGAUUACAUCACACGCUAGGAGGAAGUGAUUGCACGUCACUCCUCUCCGCUAACACACAGACCGCGCGGGAGGAAGGAGGAAGGAGGAGGGAGUCAGAGUGGGAACUCUGACUCCCAUCCACCUGAGCCACCCCUGGACCCCAGGGAAACACACCCUCCUGCACCUGAAAAGUAGGAAACAGGAGGGUGACUAAAAUAUUUUGUGUGUGUUUGUUUGUGUAUGUGUCUUUGUAUGUAUGUCUUGUGUGUUUCUGUCUGUAUGUGUGUGUAUGUGUGUGUGUCUUAUGUAUGUGUCUUUGUAUGCAUGUGUCUGUCUGUAUAUAUGUGUGUGUCUGUGUAUAUAUAUAUAUAUAUAUAUAUAUAUAUAUAUAUAUAUAUAUAUGUGUAUGUGUGUCUUGUCUUUGUAUGUAUGUGUUGUGUGUGUGUGUGUGUGUAUGUGUCUUUGUAUGUAUGUCUUGUGUGUGUGUAUGUCUUGUGUGUGUCUGUAUAUGUGUAUGUAUGUCUUGUGUGUAUGUGUCUUUGUAUGUGUGUGUGUGUCUGUAUGUAUGUGUGCCUGUCUGUUUGUAUGUAUGUGUCUUGUGUGUGUGUCUGUAUGUGUGCCUGUCUGUGUGUCUGUAUGUAUGUGUCUGUAUGUAUGUGUGUCUUGUGUGUGUGUGUGUGUGUGUGUGUAUGUAUGUAUGUAUGUAUGUCUUGUGUGUGUGUGUGUGUGUGUAUGUAUGUAUGUAUGUAUGUAUGUAUGUGUGCCUGUGUGUUAUAGUCGGCUAUAGUAAGUAAUAGUAAGUGGGAUACCUAGCUCAGCCUUCCUACUGGGCAUUGCUAUAAGGAAGGUUUAAAAAAAAAAAAAAGGGAGAAUAAAAAGAUGGGGAGGGGAAUUGAGGAGGGAGAGGAGGGGAGCUGACGCACAGAUGAGAAAUCAUAAUAUGCGCCAACAGAGAAGUAGUCUGAAUAUCACCGAAAGAGGAGACCUUCGUUUGUUCCUUACGAACCAGAUAUCAAAUAUUUAGUCUCGCAGCAUCAACCUCAAGGAUCUCAUUAAUUACUAGUAAAGGUAAUUUCAAUUUACUUUAUUGUUUUCUCAUUAAACUUUAUAAAGUUAAAAACAUUAUAAACAUGCAUUAAGUAGAAAUAAAAAGAUAAAUGUACAUACAUUUAUUUUUAUUUUUUAAAACACCCUCCUUUCGAAAAAAUAUUCUGCACUUGCGCGGAAACUGGUGGGCGGUAAGGACAUUUUUUUUCAACCAAAAAGAUGCAUUAGUGGGCGGUAGGUAGAAAAAGGUCGACUACCACUGAUUUAGUCAAUCACUGUCAAAUAUAGUAUUUAGUCAAUCAAUUUGAAAACAUCACAAAGCUAUUUUUUUAUGUUUGCUUUUUUUUUUUUUUUUAAAGUCAAAGAAGACUGGAAUGUAAGAAUUACCAAAUUAAGAAAACAAGUGGAGGAAAUAUUUAAUACAAAAUUUGGUAAGUUGACUUUAAAGCAAUGUUACUGCAGAAUUAUUGGAGGAGUCACACCAAAUGUAAAUCACCAGAAGAGGUAGCAAAAUUGGCCCCCAUCAUGGGAACUUGUGCUAGUAGAAUUGAACAUGCACUCACACAUACAUACAUACUCUACUCUUAUGCUUGUGAUUUGCUGGUAUAGUAGCUGUGUGAAGACACUUUUGCUGUAGUAGUCAGCAGUUGUUGCAUGGUCACAAUAUCAAAUCCUGUGACCAGAAGAAUUCAUCCAAGAACGCUUCAGUGUACAAUGCAUUUCACUUCUUUGUAGUUCUACAAGCCCCAUAGAACAGCAGUGCCUGACUCCCACCUCACAGAAAUCCUUUAAUGAUUGCCUUUGGUCUUUAACUUGGUGAGACUGUUUUCAUUACAGACACACAUUUUUAUAGAUUUAUUACAGUUACAAUUGCCUAUCUAUACUAUAAGAGCAAUUUUAUGACAAAAGUGUGUUGUAGAAUAAUAGAAUAUUUUACUAUUCUUUUUCUAAAUUUCUAUAUUUGACUGUAAUAAUUUACAAAUGUCAGCAAAUUAGUUCCAAAUCAUAUUGUUUGUUGAAAAUCUUAAAUUGUUACUUGAGUUAAGUCAUUAAUUUUUGUUCCAGCACAAGCACUAGGACUUCCUGAAGCUGUAAAAGUCCCAUACCCUGUGUUUGAGUCAAAUCCAGAUUUCCUAUAUGUAGAAGGAUUACCUGAGGGGAUUCCGUUCCGAAGUCCAACGUGGUUUGGAAUCCCUCGACUUGAAAGAAUUGUACGGGGAAGUGCCAAAAUCAAGUUUGUCGUUAAGAAGUAUGUAUAGUGCACCUGAUUUCCCAAAAUAUUAAUUAUUUGUGUGUUUUGUUCUCUUAGUUGUUUGAGAGAAGACCUAUUAAUAAUUAAUGACCAGAGCCGUUUUUAUCAUAAAUGAACAUUUUGCUGAGUCCUUUAUUUUUAAUUUUCCAGACUCUGUUACAUGUUUGACACAAAUAAGCAGUGUAGACAGCUGCCUAUAUAUUUUUUAUUUAAUUUAUUUUCAAAAUUUCUUACAUGAACACAGGUAGAUUAUAUCUGCUGUAUGUAACAUGUAUUCAAACAAAUAUAAACAGUGUGCAUAUUAUUUUACUCUUUCUUAUAGAAUAAAUUAAGCAAACCAAAUAAGAGUUUAUAGUGUCAUGUAACGUUGGAAGUUCUGUUGAUUGUAAUGUUGAAAUGUGUGUGCUUGUUAUCUUUCAGGCCUCAACUUGUUAUUUCCCACAUUCCUCCUGAGCUGGCAGAUAAAAUAAGUGUUGAUGGUAAGAAUUUACUGGAAAAUCUUAGAGGACAGCCUUUCAUAACAAUGCCAACCUUUCUUAGAGAACAAGCAUUACACUUUGCAGUUUUCUAUAGACAAAAUUAUAUAUAUUAUACUUGGGAGUCUGGGAUAGUAUGGGAUAACCAUCUCUUUAAGCAUAUAUCUAUUUUUUUCUUGUCAUGGAUGCAUAUGAUUUUAAGGGGACACUACUUCGGAAGCAGUUUUGGUGUAUAGAUCAUACCCCUUCAGUGUCACUGCUUAAUUCUCUACCAUUUAUGAGGUCAUCACUUUUUGUGCAGCCCUAGCCACACCUCCAAGCAUGGGACUUACAUGGUCUCCUGAAACACUUCCUGUAAAAAGAGAUCUUUUCAUUGCACAAUCCCUUUACUGCACAAUCUGUUUAAUUCAGAAUUUCUUAUCUUUUGCUCUGUUACUUGCCUGUUAGAGACUUGUGUGUGAUUAAAGUAAAUACAGUGCUGUAAUAUCUGAUUGAAAAUGAAACCUGUGAGUCACAGCCAGAAGAAGUGUGGCUAGGGCUGCAUAAAAGCAAUGUAACUCCUAAAUGGCAGAGAAUUGAGACUGCAGAGGCAUAACCUAAACACACAACUGCUUAAUUAAUCUGAAGUUGUUUUUGUGCUAAGAGUAUCACUUGAAAACCUACACCAGAUUAUUUUUUUUUUUCUUUGGGUGGGGUAGGGGUGAAUUUUCCCCUUCCCAUCCUACCUGCUCCUACACGUGACCAUGCACUGCUGUGUCCCAGUUACUUCUGUCCUGUCUGUCAAAUGUUAUUGAAUUAAAUGUGAAUACAAACAAAUAUAAAUGUAAAUUUAAACAAAGUAACCGCUUUAGAGGAAAAUGCCAUUAUUUUAUAUAUAUUUUUAUAUAUAUAAAAUAAAAAUUGUAAGGCCACUAUUUUCUUGCACUUAAUACUAAAGUAUACAAAAAAAUUGCCUUUCUCCAUUCUUUACACGUUAUUUUUUAUAUUUCAGCAUUGCAAGUACCCCAAGCAUUGGGAGAAUAAAGGGGGAGGAGGAAAAUGAAUCUCUCUCUCUCUGUCUCUCUCAAUAAUUUACCCAUCACUAAUAUUGUUUUCACUUAAGCUUUAUAUGCAUGUGUGUGCAUGUUGAAUGUCUGACCUUAAUUGUACAUAUGAAACUGCUAUGGGCAUGUUCAGUUUAGGUCUUUUGUGUUUUGUAUUUUUUUUUCUCAUUUUUUAUUUUGUGUUUUUUUUUUUCUCCUUCGGAUUAAUAUAAAGCAAGAGGAAUGAGGACAUGACUCAAUGAUGCCAUGUAUUUUUUUUAUUUUUUUUUUGUGUAUUUUUUCAACAUAUCUAAAAUGUAUACUGCUAUAAUGUUGGAUAUUUAGUAGUUUAGGUCAAAAUGGACAAUAAUGGAUCAGAUACCGUGUUUUUAUUGUAAGCCAAUGUCAUGUUCUGAUAAAAUUAAGCAUUUGAUUCUAAAAUAAAAUUUAAUUGGAUUACAUGUAUUAUUAUGUGUCCAUGUAAUAUCAUUCACUAUGUAUGUCUAUGUCAUAGUUUUCAUUUCAUGUAAAUUUCUGCAUCGUUAGUCUGCAGUAAAAGGUGAGGAUGCAGUAAAUUAUAUAAAGGAAUCCAGGGGUUCAGUGGACGCAUUAUAAAGUGCCUGGACCUCCUGGGUGCUCUUACCAUGCAAACUUGAUAUUUUGCGCUCUUUAACUGAUUUUAGAAUUCAUGCAGCCGACUCUCUGUUAUAUGUUCAUAUGUGCUCAUUUUGGGCAGUAUAAACUAUGUUGGUGCUUGUAUAGUUCUACCUGUAGUGCAUAUAUUGCGUUUAAAUGCUUUAUAAAAAAAAAAGUUCAAGUAAUCCGUUCUAAAUCCCUAUAAAGGGUUUGCAACUCUUCAGGGUACUGAUAUACAUGCAAUUGCUGAGUGGUUUUACAUUAUACUUGGAAUAAUGAUUGUGUUAUACUGUCCAUAUGAAGCCGCUUUCCUAAUUGUUCACACACUUCCUGGUUCCCUGUUUGUCAUUCUUGAGUAAUUUAUGUCACUCUAAAAUGGAGGGUAUAAACGUUGAAACACUGUGUGGGUUAAUAUACUUCCCAAUUCUCUGAAAACUUGCUUACCUAUUAUGUAACAUCCUUCUGAACGUGCAAAAUGCAUGUCUCCUACCUUUCUUACACAAGUGCUACUUAAAUGCUGUUGCUGUUUGCCACAAGAAAAAUAAAAAUAGAAACUGGAGUUUUAGAAGUUAGGUCUUGCUUUUCUUUCACUGUCUGGGCUACCCAGCAAUAAUCAGUAGAACAGUUUGACCUUUUGCAACCUUAUUGUAUUUUCAUGUAAUUUCAAAGUAGGAUGUCCUGAGAUGACUGGCUGCACUGGGUCUUUUAUGCCUUUUUUUUUUUUUUUUGGCCAAACACUUGCUUUGGGUCAGCUAGGAUUUCUUGCAGACAAAUCCGUGAACUUUCACUGCCAAGGCUACUAGCUACACCUCCUCCCCUAACUUUUGUUGGGAAUUUUGACAGGUUCACCUUAAGGCUACAGUACCCAAACUAGAAAAAAAUAGGGACGUUUUGGAAAAUGUUAUUAUUGUGAAGUAAAAACGUUGCCAUUCCCUAGUUAAUUUCCAAUAAAUCUCAGCUUGGUAGAAAUAAAAAAGUGUUAAUGUAUCCAUCAUGAUAAAUACAUUAUUCAUUAUUAUAGAUCAAAUAUGACUUAAUCUUAAAAAAAAUUAAAAAUUUCAAACAAAAGUCAUCCUUCAGUCAGUUAUAUUUAUUUUCUUUAAGUGGAUGUUUGCUUUCUUCCAGCAAUGCUGUGUAUUUUUUAAAAAUGAUUAAACAAUAACCUGCUGCUUGGUUUACAGCAUUACAAAGCUCAGAAAACAAUGAAAGUGCAAAGAACACCACAGUGGAAGGUACGAAUGAAGGUAUGAUUUCUACGAUUGUGAUACCAAUCACAAUUCUGCUGUGCCAUGUAAUAUUAUUCCCAUAUAAACAGGUUUUUUCUUCAAUACCCUCUCACUAAUUAACUGGAAUUGGGUGCACACGACCCUUUGCAUCUUUCUUUAUAUCUGCAUUUUUUGCUGCAAGUUCCUUCAGAUCUUUUGUUUAAAUUUGUACCCCAAUUACCUGCUUUUGAGUGUCUAUUCAUUGUAGAGAUUAAAGUUUCCACUUUACUGUAUUUCCUACAGGAGAUGACAAAGUGUCAAUUUUAGAACCUCAUGGCUUUGCAGGUAAUCCUAGGUGGUUCUCAUGAAACAUUAGCCAAUGCUCGUUCAGUAUUAGUAGAAAAAUCUUUAUUCAAAUUGGUCAUAUAGUGGAAAGAACCCAAAAGCAUUAGUUCUUCCUCAUUUUGUGUCUACUGACACUUUAUCUAGUUUAAGGGCUUUGCAGAUCCUUGGUUGAUGAAUGUACUGACAGAAAGUGUUCUCCCAUUCCCAUUUUAACUAUUGAAAGCAUGCCUAUUAAUACAGGAAGCAAAUUAGACCCAGUAGUUUACAGACUGCCUUAAUAUCUACAUUUCUUCAGCCUUUGUAUAGUUAAUUUUGUAUUUUGAAUGCUGUUGAAAGUCGCAUUGAAGCUUUAUAACCUAAAAAAUUAAUUCCAGGUACAUCUCCUGUUAAGUGCACAAAUGACCACACAAAUAAUAAACAAAACAUAAUGGUACGCUACGCUUCUCUAGAAGGGAAGACGUUCUAAUACAGUGUAUCCAGAAAGGAGGAUGAACAGCUAAUAUAUAUGUGUGUGUGUGUAUGUGUGUGUGUGUGUGUGUGUAUAUAUAUAUAUAUAUAUAUAUAUAUAUAUAUAUAUAUAUAUUAGUAUACAUAUGUGAAUUUUAAUGUUAUAGAAAAUGGUAAUAAGGCUAGUGGAGCUAGGUAGUGUGUAUGUAUGGUGAAAUGGGUGGGCAAAUUAAUCCUAUCUGUAAGAAAAAGGUAUAUAUGUCUUUCUUCAAGGAUUAGAAACAAAACCCAAUAUAUGAUAGGUAAGACAUUCAGAGCUGGCAAACCAUUAUAGAAAGCUUUAAACAUGAGCUCAAGCUUUUUAAAGUUAAUCCUAAAGGAUAUAGGAAUGUGGAAUAAGGACUGAUGUGGUGAGGUGAGCUUCUGCUUCAUAGAUUGUCAUGUUUGGUCUGUGUAAUUCUGAUAUAUAUAUUUUUUUUGUGCAUAAUUUUCCAGGUUCUCAAGAUAAGACUGUUGUGCGCCCCAUUCCACAAACAAAUGGUUCCAAUGUGCCGUGCAAACCCAGAGCCAGAGAAUUUUCCUUUGGUAAAAUUUAUUUAUUUAAUCAUUUUAUUAAAAAAAAUUGAAUGUAAAUUUUAAGGUACAAAAAUACUUUUUAGCCUUAUUGAGUUUGUCUUAAUAAAUUAGAAUAAGAUUUCUUGCAACUUUUAUGAAAGACACCUGUUACGACUCUAUAGGAAAUACAAUUGAUGUGUAAAUUGUACUAUCAAAAUGCCCCAAAAAUGCUUAGUUUGAAUGUUAUUCCUUAAAGGGACACUCCAGGCACCCAGACCACUUCUGCCCAUUGGAGUGGUCUGGGUGCCAGCUCCCACUACUCUUAACCCUGCAAGUGUAAUUAUUGCAGUUUUUUGUAAACUGCAAUAUUUACCUUGCAGGGUUAACUCCACCUCUAGUGGCUGUCUACUAGACAGCCACUAGAGGGCACUUCCUUGUUCCUAGCAGGUGCUAGAGCAUCGCUGAACCUCCUCACGCUGUGUGAGGACCUCCUGCGUCGCUCAUUUCCCCAUUGGAAAGCAUUGAAAUGCAUUUUCAAUGCGUUCCUAUGGGGAGUGCUAAUUCGCGCAUGCGGAUUAGGUCUCCCCGGCCGGUGGGCGGGUUCAGUCUCGCCCACCGGCCAACGCAGUCAGAAGGAGGAGUGGCGUGGAGGAGGAAGCAGCGACGAGGUACAUCGUCGCUGCCUCAGGUAAAUUACUGAAGGGGUUUUCACCCCUUCAGCAACCGGGGAUUGGAGGGUGGAGGGAGAGGGGACCUGCAGAAACUGGAGUUUCCCUUUAAUGCAUUUUUAUGACCUACUCUACAUUAAUCACUAUGACUCUGCCAUAAAAUAUUUUUUUUGGUGCUGGGUACCUAUCAUGCUUGGUAUCUAUCAACAUACAUAUUCUGCUAUUAUUUUUGUAUUUAAUCUUGCCUUCCCCUCACCUAAAAAUAAAUUGAAUUGCGAUAUUCUUAGAAAUUUAAAAAGAAAAACAACUUAUUUUAGAAGCUCUAUCAAAUUACCUGUGAUGUCGAAAGUCUGAGACUUUACUUCUUAUAUUAGAUUAAUUUAGGUUUGUUUUCUACAGUGAAAAUGUAGUUUAUGAUGUGUAGAUCUGUUUGAGAAUAUAUCAAACGUGCCAGAUUUGAAAUAAGCAAUGGCUGUUUUUACUUUUUGUUCCUUUAACGGAUGUUACCAGUAUUGGUCAAUUAAAGAAACGGAAGUGCUACAUGGAUGUGAUUGACAAAUACUGAACUACUUAAAUUAUUUAAUGGUAUAUUACAAAUUUCCUUUCUGAACACAGAGGCGUGGAAUGCAAAAAUUACAGAUCUGAAGCAGAAAGUUGAAGCAUUAUUUGAUGAAAAAUGUGGUACGUGAGCUUUAAGUGAUACAAUUAUGUAGCAUAAUAAAGCAAAGGCUGAAUCAAGUCCCUUUGUUUCCAAUCUUGGUAUACAUAAUGUAUUGUAAAUCUUGUACUAGUCCUAAGAGUACCUGCAGUCCAGGUUUAAUUGAUGUUUCGAGAUAAAGUUUGGUAGACUAACAAAGUAUUCAUUCAGUGGCUUUAUUCACUAACCGUUAUAGUUUUACACUAUAUGCAGACAACUUCUGAAGGAUCUUCUUUAAAUGGGUUGAUCAGUGGAGCAUGGAGGUGCUAUGCAAUGAUUUAAAUUGUUUGACCCAUUUAUAUGAAAUAGAAAUACGAAUAUGUAGUCUUCCACCACUCCAUCUUUUAAAAUCUGCUGUCCUUCUGUUCUAAGUAGUUAUAUUUUUAGAUUGUCAAAAUUAAUGUGUAUUCUUAGAUGCCAUUUUGCUUGUUUAUAUAUUACUCAUUCUGUAAUCUAAUCAAUUUUUAUACAAAAACCAGUUGUAUGCACCUAAUAUGACCUUGUCUUCAAAAAGCCAUUUACUGCAUAUAGGCCCACACAUGUGACUACGCCAUUUCCAUAGUUGCAUUAGGUUUAAGUUUAUUUGUAGUCCGUAAUAAAGGGAUUCUGAUUGUUUCUAGGAGAGGCACUAGGUAUGAAGGAGCCUUUCAAAGUCCCAUUUGCACUGUUUGAAUCCUACCCAGAGGACUUUUAUGUGGAAGGUCUUCCAGAAGGAGUUCCUUUCCGUAGACCGUCCACGUUCGGCAUUCCUAGGCUGGAGAAGAUUCUUCGAAACAGAGCCAAGAUUAAUUUUGUAAUCAAAAAGUAAGAUAUUUAAAGUUGCAUGUGUUGUUUCCAUAUCCUUAUAUAAAGGGAAAUUUGCGUGUGAUUUGUUUUAUUGUAGUAAUUAUUGUAUUAAACCUCUGGUUUUUUUUUUUGGUUUUUUUUCCUACUUUCAGACCUGAAAUGUUUGAAGCUGCAGCCAAAGAUUUUCCACCAUUACAUCCUCAAAGUAAGUAUUGUUUUUCAAAUUGGACAAAAACAUGAUGGUGGUUGUAACAUUAAUACUCCAUUUUCCUUCUUACAGUCUCUUGAAGACAGUGUGUGCUAGGUUUGGUUUGUUCUUUUUUUGCCUUUAAUAAAAUUUAUUUUCUGUGUGUAUCUCCAUGACUAGUGUAUUAUGCAAAUUUUAUGAUUUUCCAAUACUUAUAGGGUUAUUUACUAAAAUCUGAAAAAUGUCUUGAAUUCUAAGUGAAUUUCACAUUUUAGAUCAAAGUAGCCAAACUGGAAGUGUUGCUGACUUGGAGAUUCCGCUAUUUCGGCCUUAAAAGACCACUCUAGGCACCCAGACCACUUCAGCUUAAUGAAGUGGUCUGGGUGCCAGGUCCAGCUAGGGUUAACCCAUUUUUUUUAUAAAUAUAGCAUUUUCAGAGAAACUGCUAUGUUUAUAAUAGGGUUAAUCCUUCCUAUUAAGAGGCGCUUGCGUGCUUCUCACUGUGAAAGUCACAGUGAGAGCACGCAAGCGUCCAUAAGAAAGCAUUGCAAAUGCUUUCCUAUGCGACUGACUGAAUGCGCGCGCAUUCAGCCGAAUGGGCGGAGAGUAGGAGGAUCGGAGGAGGAGAGCUCCCCGCCCAGCGCUGGAAAAAGGUAAGUUUUAACCCCUUUCCAGAGCCGGGCGGGAGGGGGUCAGGAAAACGAGUAUGUUUUCCUGGCACUAUAGUGGUCCUUUAAAUUUGAAAUUCACUUUGAGUUCCCCACAAUUCUCAUUUUAGUAAAUAACACUGAAUGACUAAAUAUUACAUUGACAUUUAGUUUCACAGAAUUUGUAGCUCACGAAUGGUACAGCUGAGAUCAUAGCUAAAUUUAAGAAAUUCAUGUUCAGGUAUUGACAAAAUGAUCUUUACAUCUGCAUAGUGACCUCUGUAAUUCAGCAGGUCACAGUAUUUAAAAUCACUCAUAUUUUAUUAUUGUGUAUCUUCCUAGUGUGGCCAAAUUAUGCAGUAUGGACACACCAGGAAGACCUACAUUAAGACUUCAGAUAGUGGUUUGAAAGGGUCACAACUGGACUUCUACUGCUGGAGAGGACAGAACUCCCAGAAGACUUUCUCCUUUUCUCCCCUGACCUUCCACACACAAUUCUAAGCUGAUGAUUUAUUUAUUUCAGUUUUUCAUUUGAAAUGUAACUUUACUGAAGCUCCAACCAUUGUCUGGGAUCACACUCUACAUAAAAAAGUGUUCUCUUACUUAUGUAUAUAAAAAAAUAAAAAGUCUAAAGUGAAUUUGAAAAAAUAAAUAAAAGGGAAAUAGAGGGACAAAAAAUGAUUACAAAUCUUGCAAAGCAGCAAUUCAAUAUGCUUCCCCCCUCCCUCCAGGUUCAUUGAGAGGAAUAAUGUGCUACCCAUUAUCUUUGUGUAGUUUUGGUGUGCAAAUGGAGAAUAGGUAUGGGAUUAUGGGAUAAAGCAAUAAGCUUUCAGGAUUCCUAGCCUUACACUGCACAUUUGUGAUCAUCUUACCUGGCAGUUAUGAACAACACUUUAUAUGCACUGACUUUGACUUAUCUCUCCAUGAUUGCUUGGGUGAGAGAUGUGUAUUGCAUUUAUUUGACUGUUCUGUGAAGUUCCCUGCUUGCCUGGAUUGGAAAGUAUUUUUUUCCUUAUAUAAUUCACCUAUUUUCAUUAACCCUGUAUUGCGAAUCAUUCACGCUGUUUCUAAACCUUCAGAACCUAACCUGAGACUAAGCCUUUUGCAUCUUAUCAUUGCAUUUCUUUGCAGUAUUCUGCCAUUCUAUGGAAUGCUGCUUAUUUAAAACCAGUAUCAAGUUUAACCUGCUUAUUUAAAACCAGGAUCAAGUUUAACCAAGCAAUCCCCUUCUUUCUCUUCCUCGUUUAAGACCGUAACAGUAGAAUAAAAGCAAGAAGACCAGAAGCUACUAGCGUAAAUGCAUAUAAAUACAAAAUUAGCUGGAACAUUUAAAAUUGGUGAUAAAAAUACCCAAUAAAAAAAAAAUGACACUUUAGUAUAAAAGGACACUCACAUAAAAAGCUUGUAAACACAAAGGAACACUAUAGGGCCAGGAACAAAAACAUCUAUUCCUGACCCUGUUGUGUUAAAACCACCAUCUAAUGCCCCAACAGACUCCCUCCUCCCCCCCCAUGUGCCUUCAUUGCCUCCGAAAAUAUAGUAAAAUCUUACUUCAAGUCUGCAGCUGCUACCUUUGGCCCGGAUCUGCCUGCUUGGCUGACAUCAGAAGUGAUUCUCUGAGCCUCUCACCGCAAGCUCUAACUGACAGUCUGCACAGUUUCUUCAUCAGAGGCCUGUGAUGAAGUGACCUGAGAGUCUCGAAAUGCUUAAGUCUAUCUGACCGAUUGUUGGAGAAACUGUGCAGACUGUCAGUUAGAUGUUGCGGUGGUGAGAGGUGUUCCAGUCAAGGACACAAAGUACUCUGCUUUUCUCACUCCUGUAAACCAUCUAACUGGCACAGAGGAGAGUAUGCUGGAAGCAACUUUUGUGUAGGGACUUUUUUGUUGUUGAUAUCUUUCACUACCUUUUACACUUUACUGAAUAGCUGUAGGAUAGUAGCAGCAUUGUUUCCUUGAUUUGGAGAAUUGUAUUUAUUUAGAGUGGACUAAGGCAAUUAUGUCUGCCGCUGUAUAAUUGCAUCCAGACACUUCCACUUUAUAUUUGACAGAUCCUGCCAUGUGUGAGAAGUGGUGUGGUUUGCUAACAUUCUGUUUUUAUCACCUUACCAAGUGGGAGUUUCCCAGGUGUCAUUAACUCCCCAUUGGCUCAGUAACUCUCAAGGCACUAUUGUCCUGGUACAGUUGGCUUUUCCACAGGCUUUUUAAUCCAGCAUGCUUGGGUUACUAUGUACUGCACUAAUGGAAACCUUAAAACGUGCACUUUUGCUCCCACAGCAACAUUUUAUCCAUCACUGUUUCUAGCACAGUUCACGUGUCUCCUGGUACUUGCUUCUUGUAGCUGUGUUUCAACGGUGAACUUUGAACCCGAUCACUGAAAGCCAGCCUCUGAGAUAAGCCUAUUGUCUCUAUCCCAUUUUCACUUAUCUAGCUAGAUGUUUCCCAUUUAUCAAAUGAAUAUUCAUUUGAAAUCAGAAGCUUUUUAAGGGUGAGAUUAAAAGUGCUGAUGAUAAGGAGUUCUAAAAAGUCUCUUGUUGGUUCUGCACCAAGUCCCUGCAAGCCUUUUUCAAGCUGAAAGUCACCUUGAAUGGAUCGAAUAAAAAGGACCCUUACACACCCUUUGAAUGCCUAGUCCUAAAUUGCAAGGUGGCCUCUUCGGUGUGUGUCAGAGCCUUUAACCCCUUAAGGACCAAACUUCUGGAAUAAAAGGGAAUCGUGACAUAUCACACAUGUCAUGUGUCCUUAAGGGGUUAAAGAUGACCACAUAGCCACUGACCCAUGACUUUACCCAGGCUGUUAUGUAUUGUACUGCCGUUCAAGGCUCUGCUCCUUCCAGCAAAUGCCUCUGGGUCAUAGAACAAGCUCUGGUAUUUUGCCAUUGUGUUUUCUAUGCCAUUAUGAGAUGACUCAGAAUUAUAUGACAGAUCUUCAUUGACUUUUAUUCUGAAACUGUGGAUUCCUAGUCUUGGGCUUCCACUGUCCUGUCCUGCCUUCCUCUCCUUUUCUUGGCUAUUCCUAGAACUGGGGAUGCUAAUCUGUGAUGAAGAUCAGGAGAGAGGAAGAGCAAAGCAGAACUUUAAAAAAAAGUAUUAUAAAGGUCACUCUUUUCUGUAUUUUAUACACAUUAUAAUACAUUGUGAAUUUGAGUUUGUAUAGAUCUGCAUUGUAACCACGUGUUAUAACAUUAUCAUGUAAAUAUUGUGCGGCUGUACUAGACAAAAUAUCUAGUUAUUCAUUUCUUGAUGAACUACAUUUUUCUUUUUUUUUUAAGUCAAUAUAUAUUUAUGAGGAAAAAUGUCCCUCGCAAGAGAGGCAAAGAAAACAGGAAUAUGUUACCAAUAAAGGAAAAGUCUUAUAAAUAUAAUGGAGACAUCCCAAAAGCUGGUUGAAUGAAAUUUAACAUUUGAGAUGCUUGCCUUGAUGUAGAAAGUACACUGUAUAAUGGCAUCAACUUAAUUUAUAUUGUGUUAUAGAUAUUGUUUUUUUAUACCUUGUUAAGCAGUUUGCUUGUUUAACGUAAGGUAUUUGCAUCUAAUGUGUUUGUUUGCUCUGCCUGUCUGUUUUGUGGUGUUCGCUUACAAUAUGAUGUAUAAUGCAUAUUUGUAUUCCACACUGUUAGAGCGUGUGAGGCUGUGUGUACAGUUUUCUGCUAAUAGUUUUACCUUUGGUUACAAGAUUGCUUCAUGGCACAUUUGCAGAUCACAAUAGUUGUUUUGCCAAUUAAGCUUUUUUGAUAUCCAUUUAUAUCUAAAACUAUGCAUAUUUUUUUUCCUUAAGAAAGGACAAGUUUUCACAACCCCUCACUCACCGCAUCUGGACUUGAAGAUCUCAAUAUCAUACAAGUAACUAUACCAGGCAAGUGGAAUAUUCAAAUGUUUCAAAUUCAUCUUACAUAUGUAUGUAUACUUAUUCAUCUGUAAGUGAGAUGUUUAAUUAGUGUGCUCACCACUUCCUUAUUUUUUAUUUGUUUGUAAGACUUAAUAAUAUAAACAUUGGCUUAGUAAUGAGUUUUAGCGUAGUUAAAUAAAUUGCAACAAAGUGAAAUAAAUAUAGAUAUAGUUACAUAGCUGAAAAGAGACUUGUGUCCAUCAAGUUCAGCCUUCCUCACAUAUGUUGUUGCUGUUGAUCCAAAAGAAGGCAAAAAAACCUAGUCUGAAGCGCUACCAAUUUUGCAACAAACUAGGAAAAAAUUCCUUCUUGACCCCAAAAUAGCAGUCAGAUGUCUCCUUGGAUCAAGCAGCUAUUACCCCACUAAUUAGAAAUUAUAUCCCUGUAUACAUUUUACCAAUAUUGGCAUAGACCCAUUCCUAAAAAAUAAGAAUAAAAGACUAUAGGGUAACAUAGUUAGCACAUAUAUAAAACCAUAUAUUUUGGUCAAACUCACAAGAUUCUGAGUCACUUAAAAAGCUGACUCAGACUAAAGGUGUAAAGCGGAGAUAAAUCGCUGAUAUGCUGGACUCCUAUAGUAGUCAGGGUAAAUCCUGUUCGUUUUAUUAGCGGUUUAUUCGUGCACCACUUCUGAGGAAGGCUUUGGGCUGAAACGCGUUGAGUGGCAAGAUUAAUGGACUUAUCCUGUCUUAAUUUGUUUUAUUUGUUUUUAUUUUUUGUUUAAAAAAGAAAGAGGUUUUUACCUUGAUCCUACAUCCUGGAUUUUUGGAGGUAACCACUAAUAAAACGAACAGGAUUUACCCUGACUAUUACAGGAGUCCAGCAUAUCAGCGAUUUAUCUCUGCUUUACACCUUUUUUUAUUCCGCUUUUUAAGUGACUCAGAAUCAUGUGAGUUUGACCAUGAAUAUAUGGUUUUAUAUAUGUGCCAACUAGAUUACCCUAUGGUAAAAUUUCUAUCUAUAUUCAUUGAGUGCUCUCACCACCAUUUUUAUUUCUCUUUGUUGAACUUUAUAUGUGUGUGUUGAGUGAUCCACACAGGUGAUAGUAGCACCAAAUAUUCACAAGUUCCAACAAAUUGUAUAUCGUAGUUAAAUAAAUGUUACUAGUGGUUUCUUAAACCUCGCAAAGUGGGAUGAUAUUCACAACUAAAUUCUAAGCUUCUUCGUGUCUGCAGCUAUGUAAAAUAUUUUAUACGAAACCAUGACAUUUUAAUAGGAUCUCUUGAAAUUCGGUUACUGUUGGGAUUUUAUAUACUGAAAUAUAUCAGUGUAUAUAAUUUAAUUACAUACAUCUGCCUACUUUUUUACUGCAGGUAUCUGUGAGCUCGAGGCUGUCAGAGCAUCAUGGGAAAUGUAGCCCAGACAUCUGCAGUGCAGACGUGUUAUAUACCAAAAUUAUUGUAGUUGUAUUUCUUAAGCAGUUAAAGGGUGACCUUGCUGCUGCUUGUGUUUAUAGCAUGCUGGUGAAGAGCCCAAUACCAUGACAAGGUCACUGCAUAUUAGCUGAGACACAUCUUCUGUAGUGAACGUUUUCACUGCUGAUAUGACUUCAUGACAUCCCUAUGUUCUAUAUCGGUGGCGGUCUCUUUGUAUUGCAAGCUUUGCUGUAGAAUGUCAGAGUGAUGGAUAAAUAUUUUCAAUCUCCAUGGUGGCCAGGUCCCUUAGUACAUACAGUUGCAGGAACAUUACCAUUGAUAGCUAGUGUGUACUUUUCCAGAUUUUGAAAUGGCUAGUAGAAAUUCACCCCUUGUGGACUCUCCAGCCUUGCAGUAGCGAGUAACUUUCAAGGUCUGUCUAUUACUGUUUGGCUUGAAAUUUUAAGCACCGAAUGUAAAAUUAAAUUCAACGCUUCUAAUAAGUAUGACUGAUAAAUUAAGGGAACUUGUUUUGACAUUGUGUUACAAGCAUAUGUUACUAGCCUAUAACAAGUAUAGACAUGGAGAGUACAAUGCACCAUGAAUUUGGAAUCAGUGUGACUUUUCUGGCAAUACUCUGUGGCAUGCAACUUUUUUUUUUUUUUUUUUAAUUUUUUUAUUAGAGCAGCACUAUCAUUUUUGUAAACUCAAAGAAUAAUUUUAUUGAAAUUCCAACACGAUCAUUGACAGUCAUUUUUGUCAGAAUUUUGCACAUUAGAGCUUCAAGCUGAUUCCACUAAGCCAUCCUGACAUUUCUCAUCAUAGAACAUUCGUAUGGUAUCCCAUAGUUUAUGUCCUUUAGCUCAUUUAGCUCUAUCACAACUUAAUUUGUCUCCCAUGUUAAAAUUGGUGUAGGACCCAUUGAUAUUGGGGUACUGUGGCGUAGUGGUGGACUUAACACUAUAUGGCCAUAUAUUGUAAUAGGAUCCACAUAUUUGUUUGCUGAGAUAUGUGAUUUAAAGUAGCUUUAUAAAAUUUAAAACUGUAUUUUUGUGUGUGAGCUGUUCCUUAAUCUGUAUUUUGUAAAAUGUAUGUGCAGGUCGUCAAUCCUAACUUAAUUCUUUUUCUAGAUGUCGACAAUGAAAGAGUAGUUAAAGUAGACAAAGCACGUCAGUUGAGGGAGCAGGUCAAUGAACUCUUUAGCCGAAAGUUUGGUAAGUGUAUGCCAAGUCUCUUAAUUCCAGGUAAAGCAUCGCAAAACAAACACCACUGUGUCAGGAAGAAACAUAAAUGUAUUAUUAAUUCACAAAAUAAAACCACUAUCGUGGCAUGUUGUGGAGAUGUUUUUAGAUGUAUUGUGUAUUUCAGGGUCAUUUUGUAUGCUAGUAGAGUAGAAAAGCACAUAGUGCUAUAUAUCAUUCUUAAAAUUGUUGUGCAAAAAUUGUUUUGGUCAGUGCGUGUUAAAAGGAGACGAGUUAUAUAUUUUCAUUAUUUAAUUGUCUUUUAGUGCUAAUAUUUUUGCAUUUAUUAGACUGUAACAUUUGUGUAACGGUUUAUUUUUAAACGUUACACCAGACACACAUUUUGUUGCAAUUUUGCUUCAAUCAUCACUCAUUUACACGUCUUCCACAUUGAACCUAUACAAAAAAUAAAUUCAAUUCAAGUGAAACAGUCCCUGGUGUCCUCCCAGGGUAAGUAGUCACACUUUAAACUGUUUUGCAACUAAUCUGCAGGUCUGCCAGGUGCCUGUCAUAGCCUUUUGGAGAGUCGAAAGCUCCCCUUUGCUAAGACCUGUAUUACCAUGGUGGCUCAGUCCAGAAAGCUUCCAGCUCCUAUCAGACUCCAAGUAAGUUGUUAAACAGUCUGACUACUUGCCCUAGGAGGAUACCAUGGCACUCCUAGCAUUGUAAACACUACAGUAGGUUGUAGUGGUGAUGGUACUUGCAGAUUUCCUUUAACAUACUGUUUUGACAUAUGGUGCUCAUGCUAAAUUCACAUUUUAAUCCUUUUGAUUUUGUUGUUCUCCUUUUCUAGGUGAGGCUAUUGGUAUGAACUUUCCAGUGAAAGUCCCCUAUAGAAAAAUAACCACAAAUCCAGGGUGUGUGGUAGUAGAUGGGAUGCCACCAGGGAUUACAUUCAAAGCUCCAAGUUAUCUGGAAAUCAGCUCAAUGCGCAGGAUACUAGAUUCUGCUGAAUUUAUUAAAUUUACUGUAAUUAGGUAAGUGUGCAUUAGGUAUAUUAAUUAGAUUCUAUAUGUAAUAUGUUGACACAUUCUUAAAGAAAUUAAAAACACACACACUUAAACCCCUUAGAUUUACACCCUGUAAGAUCACAUGAUCAUUGUGCUUGUCUACUGGAGUCAGUCCCUCACCACACACCACUGUACAAACGUUUUAGACAGGUGUUAAAAAAAUGCUAUAAGUAAGAAUGCUUUCAAAAUAGAACGAGGAAUGAUAGUUCAUUUUAAUUAAUUAACAAAAAUAGAGCUAACCUAACAAAACUGUUAAUCAAAUUAAUAUUUGGGAUGACCAACUGCUUCAUUUCUUCUAGUAACACUUGCACAAAGUCAGGGAUUUUAUAGUCAUAUAGUCACCUAAACUUUUUUUUUUUUUUUACCAAAGAGGUGUUCAUAGUGCUCAAUUUAAUAUGUAGGUUGAAACACAGUCAUCAAGUAAUGUGUAGGAGGAAUAAAACAGGGUGUGGAACAGCCAAACUGUGCAAACAAGAUAAGGUUGCUGAAGACCGUUUUAUGUCAAACGUUAUAGAUCUUGAAAAGACUGAGCACAGCAAUAAUAAGUACUGCAUCAGCACAGCCUGUCAACUGCAGAAAUUUCAAACCAGAUAGGUAUUUCAAUGUGUACUCUCUCAGCCCUUCUGAAGAAGUACAAAGAGACUGGCAAUGUUGAGAGCUGUAGACGCAGUGGUUGGCCAAGGAAACCUAGAUAAGACGACACAUGCUUUCUUUGCUUCUCAAUAGGAAGAUGUCCAGCAGUGCCAUCAGCUCAGAAUUAGCAGAAACCAGUGGGUCUCUGAUACACCCAUCUACUAAUGUACAGUUGCAAGAAAAAGUAUGUGAGUGCUUUGGAGUUAUAUGUAUUUCUGCACAAAUUGGUCAUAAAAUGUGAUCUGAUCAUCAUCUAAGUCACAACAAUAGACAAUCAGAGUCUGCUUAAACUAAUAACACACAAAGAAUGAAAUGUUGCCAUUUUUUUAUUGAACACACCAUGUAAACAUUCACAGUGCAGGUGGAAAAAAUAUGUGAACCCCUAGACUAAUGACAUCUCCAAGAGCUAAUUGGAGUGAGAUGUCAGCCAACUGGAGUCCAAUCAAUGAGAUGAGAUUGGAGGUGUUGGUUACAGCUGCCCUGCCCUAUAAAAAACACACACCAGUUCUGGGUUUGCUUUUCACAAGAAGCAUUGCCUGAUGUGAAUGAUGCCUCGCACAAAAGAGCUCUCAGAAGACCUACGAUUAAGAAUUGUUGACUUGCAUAAAGCUGGAAAGGGUUAUUAAAGUAUCUCCAAAAGCCUUGCUGUUCAUCAGUCAACGGUAAGACAAAUUGUCUAUAAAUGGAGAAAGUUCAGCACUGCUGCUACUCUCCCUAGGAGUGACCGUCCUGUAAAGAUGACUGCAAGAGUACAGCGCAGACUGGUCAGUGAGGUGAAGAAGAAUCCUAGAGUGUCAGCUAAAGACUUACAAAAGUCACUGGCAAAUGUUAACAUCCCUGUUAGCGAAUCUACAAUACGUAAAACACUAAACAAGAAUGGAUUUCAUGGGAGGAUACCACAGAGGAAGCCACUGCUGUCCAAACAAAACAUUGCUGCACGUUUACAGUUUGCACAAGAGCACCUGGAUGUUCCACAGCAGUACUGGCAAAAUAUUCUGUGGACAGAUGAAACCAAAGUUGAGUUGUUUGGAAGAAACACACAACACUAUGUGUGGCGAAAAAGAGGCACAGCACACCAACAUCAAAACCUCAUCCCAACUGUGAAGUAUGGUGGUGGGGGCAUCAUGGUUUGGGGCUGCUUUGCUGCGUCAGGGCCUGUACGAAUAGCUAUCAUCGAAGGAAAAAUGAAUUCCCAAGUUUAUCAAGAUAUUUUGCAGGAGAACUUAAGGGCAUCUGUCUACCAGCUGAAGCUCAGCAAUAGAUGGGUGUUGCAACAGGACAAUGACCCAAAGCAUAGAAGUAAAUCAACAACAGAAUGGCUUAAAGAGAAGAAAAUACACCGUCUGAAGUGGCCCAGUCAGAGUCCUGACCUCAACCCGAUUGAAAUGCUGUGGCAUGACUUCAAGAAAGCGAUUCACACCAGACAUCCCAAGAAUAGUGCUGAACUGAAACAGUUCUGUAAAGAGGAAUGGUCAAGAAUUACUCCUGACCAUUGUGCACGUCUGAUCUGCAACUACAGGAAACGUUUGGUUGAAGUUAUUGCUGCCAAAGGAGGUUCAACCAGUUAUUAAAUCCAAGGGUUCACAUACUUUUUCCACCUGCACUGUGAAUGUUUACAUGGUGUGUUCAAUAAAAACAUGGCAACAUUUCAUUCUUUGUGUGUUAUUAGUUUAAGCAGACUGUGAUUGUCUAUUGUUGUGACUUAGAUGAUGAUCAGAUCACAUUUUAUGACCAACUUGUGCAGAAAUCCAUAUCAAAGGGUUCACAUACUUUUUCUUGCAACUGUAUAACGCUUGGAAAAAGUGGUCUUUAUAGAAGACCUGUGGCCAAAAAGCAAUACAUCUUAUGUGGAAACAAGGCCAAGCAAUUCAACUAUGUAUGAAAAAAAACAAGAACUGGAAGGCUCUGGACUGCUGAGUCAAAAUCUGAAAUAUUUGGCUCUAGCAGAAGGCAGUCUUCACCAAAGCACUGAUAAGACGUACAGAAUUGAGUGUCUGCAGACAGGUCAGUGAAGCAUGGUGGAUGGUGCUUGCAUGUUCGGGGAUGCAGCAUAACAAUAACCCCAAAUUCAUUAAGACAUAUCAGAGUAAAUAAGAACAUUACUGUUUUGAAGGCAAAGGGUGGCCACACCAAAAAUUGACUUGAUUUACAUUUUUCUUCUGUUCACUCACUUUGCAUUUUGUUAACUGAUAAAAAGAAACAAUUGACAUUGUGAACCCCGGUAAUAGUGAAGAAACAUCCUCACUCACUUCAAUUGCGUUAUUCUCCUUGAAGAUUGUAAAAUACAGUGCUCGAGGGAUUGAAAAUGUUAUGCAAUUAAAAGUAUGCUUGAUUGCAUUUUUAAUACACACACCACAGUGUCACUCCACGAGGGUUCUUCACUAAGAUAAGUGAAUUUCAAAUGUAAGGUUAAAGCAGACAAACUAGAAGCAUAGCUAACAUUGUCCUUAAAUUUGAAAUACACUUUGAAUAUGCCUGAAAGUGUCUGAACUAAUUCAUAUAUCAACAUUUACUCUGUCAGACUGCAAUGUGUGUGGACGUGUUUGUUAGUGGGUGUUUACUAGCUUAGCUGUGAACUACAUUGAGAAACUGUAGAUUAAUGAAUACAUGAUGUGCUAGCUUUGAUGGUUUAAAGAAUUGCUACAGUGAUGGCCAAAUUGUAAAACAAAAACUUCUGGAACUACAUCUCCUUCAAAGCCCUGCUAGUUUUUAUGGCUGGCAAAGUCUCGGUAGGUUGGGUAUCUACCUUUAGAUCGCCCAUGAUAUCAUAUAGUACAAAAUGAAAGCAUGUAUUGUGGUAGGUAAGCAAUGCAUAAAACCAUACAAACCAAAAUGCUAGUUAUUUCUGUAAAUAAGAUCUAUAUUAAACAAAACUACGCACUUGAGUAUAUUUUUAUUUGUGUAUUUUUUUUGUUUUAGACCAUUCCCAGGGCUGGUGCUUAAUAAUCGUAAGUAUAAUAAUACAUAGUGACUGUGCUUGAAACGCACUUGUAGAGUAAUAAAGGGCCAAUUUAAUGUCAAAUCAUUUAUUUUCAUUCAAGUGUGUAUGUUUUUGCCUCCGUCAACCUAAUUAAAAAUACUUUUAAACAUAACUUUUUGUAAAGAUCCUAGUUUCACUAAAUGCUCUGUUUAACUGUAAAUGGAUUUGUUAAUGUAGUAUAUAAAAAAACAUGAAAGCAUAGAAAAAGUUUUCCCCAAGAAAGUCUGCAGGCAAGCACAGUAGCAGACUAUGAAGUUGUUCCUCUGUUCAGAGGCAUCUGAUAAUGGUCUUUAUGAUAAAUGAGAAACAAGUAAGGUGCUCAAAGUGCCAAAUAAAUACUGAAUCAUCACAUUGUAUGAAUGUGGCGGCCACCCGGAUAGGAACACUGGUUUCGCAGCCAAGAAUGUCUUUUUCCCUCCUUCUAGAACUUUGCUGCAACAAUUCCAAGGCUAGUAGCAAGAAAGAGUAGAAUUCCCCAAGUAGUAAUAAUCUAAAGCAGGCAUAGCUUUCCCCCACAAACCUUAGUUGAGACUGAAUGCUGGGAAUGAACUGUUUUAUUCAGGGCCACACACAGCUUUUUAUGCAAAAGCUCCUACAUGGGGUUUCCUACACAACAUUACAGGGUAAUCCUUCCCAUGAUCCUUUGUGCCUGAGAGAUAAUUACCUGGGAAAAAAAGAUAUAAUUAAAUUAUCUCUCAGGUACAGAAAAAUCUAAAAAAAAUUGACACCCUAAAACAUACAUAAAACAACAGUGUACCCCCUCAAGUCUUAUAUCCCCGGAUAGCCUGGAUCUGAGCGCACAGCAUUUCUGAAAAGCGCUCAGAUCCCUCAAAUACAGUUGAAACGCCACCGGGGUAAAGUUUUGACCGACCGCACACAGGGCUCCUGCCUAAAACAGUUCUAUAGAAUCAGCGAUAGUGGUUGGUCUCUUUCGGGAGUACGAAAACACAGAAAAUACUAAACGUCUGCUUGAGCCGGUAUUCAGAUGGUGUUCACCUCAUUCGUGAGGAUGAUUCCACCGAAUAGGGUUACAAACUAAGUGACCUUCUAGGGAAAAGGUGUCUGGUUACUCUUAUGAGAAGAGGGGGAGUAACCCCCAGAAUAAAUUAUAUGACAAAGCAAAGAACACCUGGGUAAACCGUUUAGGAGGUAAACCCUUUUAUAGCAAUGAGUAACCCAAAUAAUAAUAAUAAUAAUAAAACGUCACUUUUAAUAUAUUUAUUAAAAUAUUCCUAAAAUAUAUAUAUAAAUACCUCAGACAAAAAAAGAAAAAAGGAGAACAAUUAUAUACAAGAUGGAAAUGAUUAAAUCAUCGCACCAUACAGAAUUGUAUGUUACCAAAAUGUAACAAGAUGUCAAUGUUGCAAUUGUAUCUUGUUUGUCCAGGGGGAGAAUUGUAUCAUUUAUCAGAUAGGGAACAAAACAGUCAUCUGCAGAUAAAAUUCCCUACUCUGUUGUGCCUUCGAGGACACCCCUUAACAAAAUCUAAUACCCUCCUCCCUUCCCUUGUGAAUAUCUAGUCGUCUUAGUGAGAUAGCUGUAAGUCCAUCUCGUGGGACUAGUUAAGUAUGGUAGAAAGCGAUCUCCCAACUAAGUUAAAAGAUAAAUAAAAAAAUAAAAUUUAAAUAAAUAAAUGAAAAGAGCAUAGCUGGUAAGGUCAAGUAAAUCUUAACGCAUGUCGUCUCAUAUUUGUUAGACCAGCAUGAUACUCUAUGUAUGUCCCUCGCCGUUAAGGCUCUUCCAGGAGAUAUAGAAACGAUGCAGACGGGAAUGGAAGUUCAGCUGUGUUCGCGAGGUCGAGUGUCAUGAUUUUAGUUCCAUGCACUCAACGACCAAACAUCACCGCCUGCGUUCACGCAAACAAGAUGGCCACCACCAGGUGUUCGUCCAUACGAAUGGCGGCCACCCAGCCAACCGUUUAGAACACUGAGGUGUGAAUCAUGAUUGAAGUGUUAACAGGGAUGAAUGAGGUUAAUGAACAUACUGGUUACCGAACAAAACAGGGAAAAAGUAUUUUUAACUGAACAAAGCAGGGAAUAAAAGAGAAUUAAAAUAUUCAAGUGACAGGGUGGCCUGUCACAAUUAAAUAUAUAAAUAAUAACAGUUCCCCCUUAUAAACCUUCAGUUUUUUUACGGUAGAUCCACAUAUAGUAUAAAAGAGAAUGUUUCUACAUAAAAAUACAAUACAGAAAAACAAAUCUAGUGUGAUAAAUAAUUCAAAAAUGGGGAAAAAGAAAGACGUAGGAAUGAAGCCCACUCACAUAAUCCAGAGCCGUAUCAGACUCUGUAUAAAGUGCCCCCUAAGUACUUGGUACUUGGAGAAAUGUAGAAGGUCUGCAAACUGGAUUCUUAAAAGUACACUUUAGUGAUAGAUAUAUAUAUAUAUAUAUAUAUAUAUAUCAUGUACAAAAAAUACUGAUGAAGGUGCAACUUGUUUGGCACCGAAACGCGCGUCUGGCUUUUUCUUUUUUGCUAUGGGAUUUUGAUUCACUCCACUACAAUUUUUUUAUUUUUUUUGGGGGGGGGGGGUUUAAUUCUUCACAAUAUUAUGAUUUUCCAUGGCUUAAUUUAGCCUGUUUAUCUAUUUCUAUUCUUCUUAUGCCUAUUUAGCAAGAUUACCAGGGAGACAGGCUUUCUCUAUCCUUUUCUAUUUGCUGGAUCUACUUUAGAUCUAUUCAAUGUGAAUUUAAUUCAGCCUUAGGGUGAUUCCCACACCUUUUUUUUUUUUUUUGCUUCUGAGUUUUUUGACGAAAGUAGGAUGGUAUAGGUCUCUAUUGAUAAGUUUACAAGAAAGCUUUUUUUUUUUUUUAAAUAUAUUCACUAUAUCCAUAAACCUACGAUGUCUUUCUAAUAUUGUUUAAUGAUGGCAUAGGAAAAGCCCUAUAAGUCUUGUAGAUAUAUAUCUUUUUGUAUCUUUUCAAAGGUCAUCACUUUCUACUCUUAGUUCAUUUAUGGUUAUUUAGCAUCUAUAUUGUUUAAUAUCCAGGUGUCUAUUCUCAUAUGAGAAGUGCCAUAUUUUUUCUCCUUUUUUACACUAUAUGGUUAAGCCCUGGAAUAUCCCAGCCAUCCCUUAGCAGUUAAGUUUCAGAAGUGUUUUUUUUAUACUAUUAAAGUGUACAGUGUGUGUUUUCUUUCUUAAAUUUUUUUUUAUAUUGCUGCAGUUUUCAAUUAGUAGAAUUUGUAAACUGAAUUGUGUACAUGUAGACUUAGACAGGGGAUCUCCUUGCAUGGUUAUGGUGCUUGGAUCAUUGUUUUAACACUCAUGGGGAGGUUUUAGGAACUGUGGUUAGUUGUGAACAGCUUCAGGUUAAAGCACCUUGCACGUAUCCAUUUAAAUGGAAAACUGUCUGCAGACGCUAUUACUGGAACCAUUGUGAAGUCUUUCUAAAAUGUUUUUUUUUUUUAAAGCCGGCACCCUGUUUUGCAAUGCCAGUUUUGUAUCGUUUAGAGGGUUAUGUAAUUCUAAAAAUAUUGGGUGGGUGUAACAUCCUCUUUUUAUUUGUCACCACAUAAAUGUCAUAAGAUAACAAUGAAGGAAUCAUGUUCUAUUUCAGAAGUAACUGAUGAAAGUGAUUCUGGACCAUCUACAGAAUCUGGUGAGUGUUUAAAGUUUUUGCAAUACAACACUGUAAUCACCAUAAAAGCUAAAAUAAACACCAUGGCAGAAAUACGUGCUGUCAAUGCAAGAUCACAAGUUAUUGAUCCAGAUGCAUAUACACACAUACAAAUACAGACAUACAGACAUACAGAUACACACACACACUGACACACAUGCUGGUCAAAAUUUACACUUUUAUUGCAAUCCUCCAGUUUCCUACCUUUUGGUGCAGGAGGGUGGCUUUCCUGAUGUCCAGUGUGCAGGCUGAGAUUGUUGCAAUUAAGGACUGGUUCUCCCAGUCUGCGCCCCCUGCUCUUUGCCCUGUCCUGCCCUGCUUCGCGUCUCUGCUAUCUGGGAGGAAGUGACAGGCUCUCACAUCCUUCAAGACUGCUGAUAAGAAGGAAACCUGUUGGGUUGUUAAGGGGCCACAGCGCCCAACCGGGCCACUGCUGACUUAUACCUACUUGGUGGCCUCUAAGUGCAUGGGCCACUGUGCAAUUGCACUGGUGAUAGUUCCGCCACUUUUGAAAACAAUGGAAUGUUCUUUCUUGAACUUUAUUCAAUUUAAUUCCUCAUGUUUUUAGAUUUUUUGUUUUUUUUUGUUUAAAUCGGGGGUCUGUAUUUUAAAAUAAAUGUUCUUUAGAUUAAAUAGAUUUUCUUCAAAAGACCCAAUUUUUUUAAGAGCAGGAUCGGGCUACUACUCCCUUUAGGCCUCAGGUCUCAUGCUGGACAGUGUUCCCUGAACCAUCAUCCACCCACCUUUGCACUUUUGCUGACCACAAGUCUGUUUAGCUCACAUUUGUUUUUCUUAAUAGAUGGCACCAGUGGUAACCUAACCAUGAUUUAUAUAGCCACUUUUUAUUUUCUUUACUAAUAAUACAAAAACUUUGCUGUAUUUGAUGCCACACUAAAGAUUUAUACUCUGUCAUUAUUCUGCUUGUUGAUGCUAUUGUUGCAAGGCAAGCUUGUUUAUUAUAUCUGCACAACAAAAAUAAAGAAUUUAUACAAUUGGGUGGGUUAUUUUUUAUUUUUUUUAUCGCAAAAAAGAAUGCUAAUAACCGAAUAUGGAGAAAUAUGUACAUAUACAUAUGUAGAGUCAAAAAUGGGUCGCAAGAGAAUACUGAGGACGGGCAGCAGCUGAAAUAGCCUGCCCUUCGGUCGGUCCCCACUCAGUUCUCAAGCUGAUUUUUUGCUCAUCUUGUGCCAUUACAGAGAGAACAUAUCUGAAGCAUAUCAGACUGGUCCCACCCAUACAGGCAGUCCAGAUCCGAAAUGCCAGCAAGUUCUCUCUGCACGAGAGACACAGCAACCCCAGACGAUUGUUUCAGCCUUGUUAGGCAUCAUCAGUGAGGCUUAGCUGAUAUCUCCCUAGGCACCGUGAGCAAGGGGUCCACGUCUGGAUUAUCCCUUUAAACUUGUGGAGAGUCAAAAAUGGGUCGCAAGAGAAUACUGAGAACGGGCAGCAGCUGAAAUAGCCUGCCCUUCGGUCGGUCCCCGCUCAGUUCUCAAGCUGAUUUUUGCUCAUCUUGUGCCAUUACAGAGAACAUAUCUGAAGCAUAUCAGACUGGUCCCACCCAUACGGGCAGUCCAGAUCCGAAAUGCCAGCAAGUUCUCUCUGCACGAGAGACACAGCAACCCCAGACGAUCGUUUCAGCCUUGUUAGGCAUCAUCAGUGAGGCAUAGCUGAUAUCUCCCUAGGCACCGUGAGCAAGGGGUCCACGUCUGGAUUAUCCCUUUAAGCUUGUAGAGAAUCAAAAAUGGGUCGCAAGAGAAUACUGAGGACGGGCAGCAGCUGAAAUAGCCUGCCCUUCGGUUGGUCCCCGCUCAGUUCUCAAGCUGAUUUUUGCUCAUCUUGUGCCAUUACAGAGAGAACAUAUCUGAAGCAUAUCAGACUGGUCCCACCCAUACGGGCAGUCCAGAUCCGAAAUGCCAGCAAGUUCUCUCUGCACGAGAGACACAGCAACCCCAGACGAUCGUUUCAGCCUUGUUAGGCAUCAUCAGUGAGGCAUAGCUGAUAUCUCCCUAGGCACCGUGAGCAAGGGGUCCAUGUCUGGAUUAUCCCUUUAAACUUGUAGAGAGUCAAAAAUGGGUGGCAAGAGAAUACUGAGGACGGGCAGCAGCUGAAAUAGCCUGCCCUUCGGUCGGUCCCCGCUCAGUUCUCAAGCUGAUUUUUGCUCAUCUUGUGCCAUUACAGAGAGAACAUAUCUGAAGCAUAUCAGACUGGUCCCACCCAUACAGGCAGUCCAGAUCCGAAAUGCCAGCAAGUUCUCUCUGCACGAGAGACACAGCAACCCCAGACGAUCGUUUCAGCCUUGUUAGGCAUCGUCAGUGAGACAUAGCUGAUAUCUCCCUAGGCACCGUGAGCAAGGGGUCCACGUCUGGAUUAUCCCUUUAAACUUGUGGAGAGUCAAAAAUGGGUCGCAAGAGAAUACUGAGAACGGGCAGCAGCUGAAAUAGCCUGCCCUUCGGUGGGUCCCCGCUCAGUUCUCAAGCUGAUUUUUUGCUCAUCUUGUGCCAUUACAGAGAGAACAUAUCUGAAGCAUAUCAGACUGGUCCCACCCAUACGGGCAGUCCAGAUCCGAAAUGCCAGCAAGUUCUCUCUGCACGAGAGAUACAGCAACCCCAGACGAUCGUUUCAGCCUUGUUAGGCAUCAUCAGUGAGGCAUAGCUGGUAUCUCUCUAGGCACCGUGAGCAAGGGCUCCACGUCUGGAUUACCCUUUAAACUAAUGGAGAGCAAAAAUGGGUCGCAAGAGAAUACCGAGGACGGCAGCAGCUUAUAAAAUAGCCUGCCCUUCGGUGGGUCCCCGCUCAGAACUCAUGCUGGUGUUAGCUCAACUUGUGCCAUUACAGAGAGAACAUAUCUGAAGCAUAUCAGACUGGUCCCACCCAUACGGGCAGUCCAGACCCGAAAUGCCAGCAAGUUCUCUCUGCACGAGAGAUACAGCAACCCCAGACGAUCGCUUCAGCCUUGUUAGGCAUCGUCAGUGAGGCAUAGCUGAUAUCUCUCUAGGCACCGUGAGCAAGGGGUCCACGUCUGGAUUACCCUUUACACUAAUGGAGAGCAAAAAAUGGGUCGCUAGAGUAUUCUGAGAACUGACAGCAGCUAAAAUAGCCUGCCCUUCGGUGGGUCCCCGCUCAGAACUCAAGCUGGGUUUAACUCAUCUCGUGCCAUUACAGAGAGAACAUAUCUGAAGCAUAUCAGACUGGUCCCACCCAUACGGGCAGUCCAGAUCCGAAAUGCCAGCAAGUUCUCUCUGCACGAGAGAUACAGCAACCCCAGACGAUCGUUUCAGCCUUGUUAGGCAUCGUCAGUGAGGCAUAGCUGAUAUCUCUCUAGGCACCGUGAGCAAGGGGUCCACGUCUGGAUUAUCCUUUAAACUGUGGAGAGUCAAAAAUGGGUCGCAAGAGAAUACUGAGGACGGGCAGCAGCUGAAAUAGCCUGCCCUUCGGUCGGUCCCCACUCAGUUCUCAAGCUGAUUUUUUGCUCAUCUUGUGCCAUUACAGAGAGAACAUAUCUGAAGCAUAUCAGACUGGUCCCACCCAUACAGGCAGUCCAGAUCCGAAAUGCCAGCAAGUUCUCUCUGCACGAGAGACACAGCAACCCCAGACGAUCGUUUCAGCCUUGUUAGGCAUCGUCAGUGAGGCAUAGCUGAUAUCUCCCUAGGCACCGUGAGCAAGGGCUCCACGUCUGGAUUAUCCCUUUAAACAGUCUGAUAUGCUUCAGAUAUGUUCUCUCUGUAAUGGCACAAGAUGAGCAAAAAUCAGCUUGAGAACUGAGCGGGGACCGACCGAAGGGCAGGCUAUUUCAGCUGCUGCCCGUCCUCAGUAUUCUCUUGCGACCCAUUUUUGACUCUAUACAUAUGUAGUAUAUUAAAGUCCUUUUAUCAUAAUCAAACGAACAGGUGAUUAAGGAUUUAGAACCAUCGUUGCUUUUUUCAGUUUUCCAGGGAAAGGUAGUUGAAAUAACACAGCUUUAUUUGUUUUAAAAUACAUGCUAAAAAAAUUUUUUUUUUUUUUUAUCCUCAUAAUUUGAGGUUUGAGAUUAUUUGAUAUUGCUAAUAAAAUGUUCUAUCUAAAUUCUUAGGAAAAGACAAGAAGAACCAAGAAGAAGAAGAAUCUGUGAAAGAAGGUAUCAAAUGUAUAAAAAUGCAAUUUGUAUUGUUUAAUAUGUAUGAAAAAUAUUGAAUGCAAUUUUUGUUAAUUUGGUUUAAAAUAUGUUUGCUUGUUUAAGUAUCUACAAUUAUUAGCUUAGUGAAUUAUCCCACAGUUGUUUAGUAACACUCUUCUAGAGUGAAGGAUCAUGAUUAUUUGUUGUUAUAUUUUAUUUAAUAUUUUUAAAGAACGGUAGAUCAUUUCCUUGUGUACUUCACUAAACUUAGCAUGUCUCUAAUUAUCAGUUAACCAUGAUUAUUACAGUAAACCCUCCACAUAUUCUGUACUGUAGAAUCCUUUGGAUAACCUAAUCCUAAUUGGAGGUAAGAUCGCACAUAGGUUGUGCAUAGUUCUCCCACACAAUUAUGUCUUGGUUGUAAUCAGAAAAGUUCCAUCACACUUGCCAUUUAGAAAGGGUUUAAGUUGCAUCAAGCUGCGACACAUUCUACUUCCUUGCUAACACAUUCCACAAAGCUGUCUGUUUAGGAAGCAUGGCCUCUCUUUUUGACCCUCCUAGUUAGUUUUUUGGGGAGUUAGCAAAUGAAUGGCUACCUUUUACCUUUUCUAACUAUAUAAUCUGUAAACCCAAGUUAGCAUUUUAUUUUUACACUUUUCAACUGGAAUGAUAAAUUGUCCUUGUUUUUAUUAUUAUAUUGUAUUAAGUGAUCAUAAGCCUACUUAUUUUCUUCUUUCCUAUAGAUACGUCUGAUGUAAAACAGGAGACCGAUACAACAUGGUAAUUUUUUUAUGUACAAUGUUUUGCAUGUGCUUUUUCAUUAAUACUACAACUGGAGAGAAAAAAAGUUUCCCUAUGUAUUAUUUAUUUUCUUCCUGUAAUUUCUAGAAAGCUGUAAUUAAAAUUAUCCCCAACAAUGUCUAAAUUCCCAGAGGAGUGUCCCAGUUGACUACAUUAAUUAUUUCUCUUUUUUUGGUUUUCUUCUCUGUUUAGCUAAAGUUAUAGAGGCUGAAAAGAGCACCAAGGAUGUAUAAUACAGUCAGCAAAUAGAAGAAACUUCUAUACGGACCAUUUUUUGUAUGUUUUAGAUAGAAAUGUCUACCUUUUUUCUGCAGUUCUAUGAAUUGGAUUAUAAAAGACUGUAACAACAAAAUGGCAACGUCUGGAUAACCAGGAAAAUAUAUUUUUAAUUUGGAGGCGUUUGAUCAUAUAUUUCUGUUCAUACCUAUUUUUGAGUUUUGCUGUUUGACUUUUAAUUCUUUCACUUCUUCCUGGAGCCUAAUCAUUAUGUAACUUCCUGGGAAGACGUGGGAUGGGGGACGUGCAGAGUUCAAAAUGGAGGAGAAUAUGAGAACGGUCUUACUCAGCUCUGCUGGGAAACAUGCUGCUGAUUCAAAGUCCACAUCCUGUAUGAGUUAAUUUUUGUUUCAAACUCCUCUGAAUGACUCUAUGUUGAUCACACUGCAUGUGUUAGUUUGUUUUCCUCUACCAAGAACCUUUUGCAAAGAAAUAUCCUGGUAAUGGCAAUACUUUAAUACUUUAACUGCAAAAGGUUCCUCAACCGUAUAUACUGAGAUGGAAACACAAUUGCAAAUCCAUUUUUGCCUUCAUAGCUGGAUUGAAGUAUAACAAAAAAUGUCACCCCCCCUUGUACUACACUACAUAUAAAUAAACAGAUUUUUUAAAAAUG